CUAUGUCACUCACCCAUUGGGCUCCUCUCUGGGUUCCCUGAGAAGCUCACACUGUGUCUCUGCUGCUGACAUAACCUCCACUUCCGGGUCUCGUUGUCUCGCGAGAUCUCAGUCCAGGAAGGUAAUGGCGAGAGCCGCGGCGGCCAUCUUUAUUGUGGGCAAGCCAUCGCACUGUCCCUCCCAUUAGCCAUGGAAUUCCUGUCAGUUUUGGUCACAGUAUUCCAUAUCCGCGUUACACACAGUCACACACACCGUACUCACAGCCUGUAACCCGCCUAAUACCGGGCCUGCCACCAACAAACAUGGCGGCCGCGGCCUCCCGCUGAUGACGUAGUCAGCCUGCGCCCGUUGCCGUGCUCCCGGUAUCCAGGGAUGUCGGCGGUGAAGCUGCCGCCGCACGAUGGGCCGGUGCUGUCGGUGGUGGACAUGCACACGGGGGGCGAGCCGGUGCGGAUCGUGCUGAGCGGGGCCCCGGUGCCGGAGGGCGGCAGCCUGCUGGAGAGGCGGCGCUGGCUGCGGGACAAGGCGGACUGGCUGCGGCGGCUGCUCCUCCUGGAGCCCCGGGGACACCGCGACAUGUACGGCGUGCUGCUGGUACCGAGCGAGGAGCCCGGGGCCCACCUGGGGGCGGUCUUCAUCCACACCGAGGGCUACAGCACCAUGUGCGGCCACGCCGUCAUCGCCCUCGGCCGCUUCGCUGUGGAUUAUGGGAUAGUACCGAGGGCCCCUGGGGGCCCCGACACCCCCGUGAGGAUCCACUGCCCCUGCGGGCCGGUCCAGGCCUAUGUGAGCACCAGCGGGGGCCGGAGCGGGGCCGUGCGCUUCCACAGUGUGCCGGCAUUCACCUUGGCCACAGGUAAGGCCCCCCAGGGAGGGAAAUCAGGGCUGGUUACUGUAUUAUAAACAUUUUAUUAUUAUUAUUAUUACAUGGCCACAGGUAAGGCCCUCAGGGAGGGAAAUCAGGGCUGGUUACUGUAUUAUAAACAUUUUAUUAUUAUUACCUGGCCACAGGUAAGGCCCCCCCAGGGAGGGAGUCUGGGGCUAGUUACUGUAUUAUAAACAUAUUAUUAUUACCUGGCCACAGGUAAGGCCCCCAGGGAGGGAAAUCAGGGCUAGUUACAGUAUUAUAAACAUAUUAUUAUUACCUGGCCACAGGUAAGGCCCCCAGGGAGGGAAAUCAGGGCUAGUUACAGUAUUAUAAACAUUAUAUUAUUAUUAUUACCUGGCCACAGGUAAGGCCCUCAGGGAGGGAAAUCAGGGCUGGUUACUGUAUUAUAAACAUUAUAUUAUUAUUACCUGGCCACAGGUAAGGCCCCCCCAGGGAGGGAGUCUGGUGCUAGUUACUGUAUUAGAAACAUUAUAUUAUUAUUACCUGGCCACAGGUAAGGCCCCCCCAGGGAGGGAAAUCAGGGCUGGUUACUGUAUUAUAAACAUUAUAUUAUUAUUAUUACCUGGCCACAGGUAAGGCCCCCCAGGGAGGGAAAUCAGGGCUAGUUACUGUAUUAUAAACAUUAUAUUAUUAUUAUUAUUACAUGGCCACAGGUAAGGCCCUCAGGGAGGGAGUCUGGUGCUAGUUACUGUAUUAGAAACAUUAUAUUAUUAUUACCUGGCCACAGGUAAGGCCCCCCCAGGGAGGGAAAUCAGGGCUGGUUACUGUAUUAUAAACAUUAUAUUAUUAUUAUUACCUGGCCACAGGUAAGGCCCUCAGGGAGGGAAAUCAGGGCUGGUUACUGUAUUAUAAACAUUAUAUUAUUAUUAUUAUUACAUGGCCACAGGUAAGGCCCUCAGGGAGGGAGUCUGGUGCUAGUUACUGUAUUAGAAACAUUAUAUUAUUAUUACCUGGCCACAGGUAAGGCCCCCCCAGGGAGGGAAAUCAGGGCUGGUUACUGUAUUAUAAACAUUAUAUUAUUAUUAUUACCUGGCCACAGGUAAGGCCCCCCAGGGAGGGAAAUCAGGGCUAGUUACUGUAUUAUAAACAUUAUAUUAUUAUUAUUAUUACAUGGCCACAGGUAAGGCCCUCAGGGAGGGAGUCUGGUGCUAGUUACUGUAUUAGAAACAUUAUAUUAUUAUUACCUGGCCACAGGUAAGGCCCCCCCAGGGAGGGAAAUCAGGGCUGGUUACUGUAUUAUAAACAUUAUAUUAUUAUUAUUACCUGGCCACAGGUAAGGCCCUCAGGGAGGGAAAUCAGGGCUGGUUACUGUAUUAUAAACAUUAUAUUAUUAUUACCUGGCCACAGGUAAGGCCCCCCCAGGGAGGGAGUCUGGGGCUAGUUACUGUAUUAUAAACAUAUUAUUAUUACCUGGCCACAGGUAAGGCCCCCAGGGAGGGAAAUCAGGGCUAGUUACAGUAUUAUAAACAUUAUAUUAUUAUUACCUGGCCACAGGUAAGGCCCCCAGGGAGGGAGACUGGGGCUAGUUACUGUAUUAUAAACAUUAUAUUAUUAUUACAUGGCCACAGGUAAGGCCCUCAGGGAGGGAGUCUGGUGCUAGUUACUGUAUUAUAAACAUUAUAUUAUUAUUACCUUGCCACAGGUAAGGCCCCCAGGGAGGGAGAUUGGGGCUAGUUACUGUAUUAUAAACAUAUUAUUAAUAUUAUUACCUGGCCACAGGUAAGGCCCUCUGGACAGGCUGCACCAGGGAGGGAGAAUUAGGGCUAUUUACUGUAUUAUAAACAUUAUAUUAUUAUUACCUGGCCACAGGUAAGGCCCCCUGCACAGGCUGCACCAGGGAGGGAGAUUAGGGCUAGUUACUGUAUUAUAAAGAUAGAAUGUUAACAUAUUAUUACUUGAUCACAGGUAUGGGCCCCCUGGACAGGCUGGUAAUUUUCACUCCCUGUAUUUAAUGCAAUAUAAAGAUAGUGUAUUAAAUUGCACACAUUUGAGAGUUAAUAUAUAAAAUUCAAAAUGUCCCCACAUACACUGUUUCUAGUUGGAGUGAUUAUCUCAUAAACCUGACUUUUCAGGGAUUUAUGGAAUACGUUAUUUAUCCCCAAAAAUCAGUUCGUUAUCUAAUAGGAACUGAUAUGCUCACUGUUUAGUGAUCCAAGCUGUGUGUAACUAUCAGCAGAGUUAUGGUGUGCACAGGCAUGGUAUGGUGUUAUGGUACUCUACUAGUCUUGGCAAAUUGUGUGUAUUCUAGGUGGCCUGAUUGACCGCCCUGAGGGCAGGUAAAGAGCUGCACAGAUUUUUUUUUGGCAUUUCUUAGUCGCUCUCAGAGCGAAUGGCUGUAGGGUGCUAUAUCACUAUCAUCUUAAUAACUAUGCAAAGUUGUGAUGGUGCUUAGAGGGACUCUCUAACCUGUCACUAAAGUCUCCCCCAUAAGUAACUCUGCAUAUACAAACCUGGUUCAGUAGAGGGAUGUUUUAUUUUUCUGUAUUUUUAUAUCUAGAAACAAAUAGGAAGUGUGAUCUUGGAGUUCAGAUCCAUAGGCUUGUAACCGCGGGUGGUUCCCUUAUUUACCACUAUAAUGUCUUAAAGCAUAGAACUUAGCAGGGCUAACCAUACAGAUAUCUUAGCCAUAAUUUUAUAUAGUCAGUAAGAGAUCCUCUAUUUAACAUAUAUAAAUAAUUGAGAAUACAAUAUAAAAUAAGGAUUGUCUUGGAAGCAAUCGUUUUGUCUUUUUGGAUAUUUAUUAUAUAAAUAUAAAAUCCAUUAUAGCAGAGUUUAUAAGAUUAAAUUACAUGCUUGCAAAUAUCAUUAAUAGGUUAACAUACCCUUCUGAGCAGGUCAUCUUGUCAGCCUCUCUGUCAUUUUAAGAUGGAGCAGCGUCUGUCUCCAAGUCUCUCCUCUGUGUCUUAACAUUUAAAAGUACACCUAUUUAUACCUUAGGUGUCUCCAUUUUAGGGUUGCCGUAGUUCAUUUACUUUAUUCAUUUUAGGACCUCCCUUAAUUUGGCAAACAUACAAGGCCAUAACUAAAGGGUGCAAACGUCAUGGAAAUUUUCCUGACUUAGUUCAAGAUGGCAUCUUAAAGUCUGAAUAGGUUAUCUGUUGUUUAUACUAAGUCGUAAGUGUACAGUCGUGGGAGAUUCCCGGAUUUGGGGAAGUUCCAUUAACUUGGGGUUACCACAGUAUAUUGUGUACUGAAAGAUUCGUAGUACAGCCUUGAAGCUUGUUUAUGCAUUAUUGUUAUUGUAAUUCGUCUGGGACAAAAUGGCGCCAACAUAUUAUGCACUGAGGUUAUUGCUUAAAGAAACAUCUAUGAAAAACUAUAUGUUCCAUUUCUAACACCUUGUCAGUUUGCAAUAUCUCUUAAAGACAAAGUACACAGUUUAAGAAAUACAACAUUUCAUUCUAAAACUUGUAAUAUUUGCAUUUGCCCAUAACAGGCUUUGCUUGCAGUGUGUGGUUUUCACGUGCACCUAGAGACUCUUCGUUAAAGGGACACUAUCGUCACCAAAACAACUUUAGCUUAAUGAAACCGUUUUGGUGUAUAGAUCAUGCCCCUGCAGUCUCACUGCUCAAUUCUCUGCCAUUUAGGACUUAAAUCACUUUGUUUUUGAACACCAGUCACACUUCCCUGCAUGUGCCUUGCACAGUCUCCCUAAAUUCUUCCCGUAAAGAGUCAUCUAAUGUUUAUCCUUCCUUUACUGCAAGUUCGGUUUAAUUUAGAUUUUUCUUAUCCCCUGCUAUGUUAAUAGCUUGCUAGACCCUGCAAGAGCCUCCUGUAUGUGAUUAAAGGACCACUAUAGUGCCAGGAAAACAUACUAGUUUCCCUGGCACUGUAGUGUCCUGAGGGUGCCCCCACCCUCAGGGUCCCCCUCCCGCCGGGCUCUGGGGAGAGGAAGGGGUUAAAAUCUUACCUUUCUCCAGCGCCGGGCGGGGAGCUCUCCUCCUCCUCUCUGCCUCCUCUCCCCCUCUUCGGCUGAAUGCGCAUGCGCGGCAGGAGCUGCGCGCGCAUUCAACCAGUCUCAUAGGAAAGCAUUCAUAAUUGAAAAUCACAGUGAGAAGCACGCAAACGCCUCUAGCGGCUGUCAAUGAGACAGCCACUAGAGGCUGGAUUAACCUAUUUAUAAACAAAGCAGUUUCUCUGAAAAUGCUAUGUUUAUAAAAAAAUUAAAAUAAGGGGUUAACCCUAGCUGGACCAGGCACCCAGACCACUUCAUUAAGCUGAAGUGGUCUGGGUGCCUAUAGUGGUCUUUUUAAAGUUUAUUUUACAGAGAAAGAAAUACAAGAGAUACAAUUGUUUAAGGUAAAUUACAUGUGAUUGAAAGUGAAACCAGUGUUUUGUUUUUUUUCAAUGCAGGCUGUGUCAUUUAGAGCCAGGGGAGGUGUGGCAAGGGCUGCACAAACAGAAACCAAGUGAUUUAACUCCUAAAUGGCAGUGAAUCGAGCAGUGAAACCUGAGGCAUGAUCUAUAUUCUAAAACUGCUUCAUUAAGCUAAAGUUGUUUAGGUGACAACAGUGACUGCAGGUCAAUUUGAUGCUGCUGUACAGUAUAUGAAUACAAAUGUUGCAUUAUUUAUAAACAUUUUUACAAUUUUAUCACAAUGAAUCUGCAGGGGGAGUGUAAGCAAAACAAUAUGGAUGAUUUAGCAAAGAUCCCCGGGUGACUUCCUUGCCGCGUGUGUGCCGGCUGGGUGGCUUAUCUCAAACUCUCUAUCAUGUCUGGUAGCAUCCUUCUUGUCCAGUGUUUGUCAUGCCCCCAUCACUGCUGUCCUUUCUCGCAGCACAAGUCUCUGAAGGAGACUUCUAGGUCCUCCGUAGACCAACCCACAUGCUGUGCGUGAAGGUGCAUGUUUUGGGAAUAGUGAAAACCUUAUUGUGCAAACUUUGCUUUUUGUCACGUUUUGUGCACUUCAGGCUUGUAGUAAGACAUAGCCAGCUCUACUGUGUUUAAUGAAAUCUUUUAAUUGUGUUGGAAUUUCAAUAAAAUUCCAGUACAUUUGAUAUUAAUAUUAGGGAUCGACCGAUAUUUUUUUUUUUGUGUUUGUGUAGUGAUGUGUGUGUAAAUAUGUGGGGUAGGAAUCUGUGGAUUUUCUUUGUUUAUUGUAUAAACAAACAUAAUUUUAUAUAAUUAUUACAUAAAAAAAUAUAUAUUUUAUUCCCCCCUCCCUGGCCACAUAGGGCAUUACACUCCUUGGUGGGGAGAUAGGGGUACAGUGUGUGUGUGAAUGUGUAGGGUGUUAUUGCGCGCGUGUGUGAAUGUGUAGGGUGUUAUUGCGCGCGCGCGCGUGUGUGUGUGUGGUAGGGAGGGAAGCAGAUCAACGCAAAUAAAACUUUUCUUCUGUGUUGCUCUUAAAAAAACAAUAUAUUGUAUAUCCCCCUCUUUACCUGAGGGGGAGACAUUGCUUUCCAUCCCCGGUGAUCCGGUGGGGAAGCCCUUGUGAACUCUAGCCUGCAGCUGAGGUUAGAGUUCACUCUCGUGAGAGUGGAGCUUUGCCGUGGUAACUGCGGCUACGCUCCGUGCUCGUGAGAGGAGAACCCGACGGAGCUGCAGGUAAGAGCAUCAAUGUCGGUAUCUUUAUAGGCGGAUACCGAUAUUGCUAAAAAUGCAGAAUAUAGGCCAGACCGAUAAUCAGUCGAUCCCUAAUUAAUAUUUCAUAAUUAUUUAUAUUAUUAAUCAGAAAUUCUUUUACUUUGAUGGAGCUAUUUUACUUUGAUGGAGCUAUUUGUCUUGCAACCCUUGUACAUUGCUGAUAUCAGUUCUCUCUUUUUACCAUAUUGCAUGUUCAAAUACUGUUGUGUGUUGAACAAAUAAUUUGAAAGGCUAAACUAGAUCUUAACAUUGUAACCGUAUUGCAUUUCCCUGCUAUCAGGUUGCCUCCUCUUUGCAGUAUCCAAUCUUUAUAUUAAAGGACCCUUAUAGUGCCAGGAAAACAAACUUGUUUUCCUGGCACUAUGUAGUCCUUAGGUCCUCCCUCAUUCAAACCGCCCAUAGGAAAGCAUUACUAAAUGUUUUCCUAUGGAACGUCCACAGUGAGACGUGCCUCUAGCGGCAGUCAGUGAGACAGCCACUAGAGGCUGGAUUAUCCCUCAGUGUAAACAAAGCAGUUUUUCUGAAACUGCUAUGCUUUCAGCUGCAUGGUUAAAACCUGGCACCCAGACCAGUUCAUUGAGCUGAACUGGUCUGGGUACCUAUAGUGGUCCAUUAACUUUACCCCAUGAUUCACACAACCUUAAACAUGUACCUUUCCAUGUGUUUUUAAACUACAUUUCCCACGAUCCUCAGCCACCCUACAUGUUUCCUAACAAUCAUAAGAAAUUUCAUCUAUAAAACGCCACAAACAAUGGCUAACCUUAUUCUCACACACCUGCCCCCUGUCUCUUAUUCUAGCAAUAUCUGUGCACUAUUAAACUGUCCCUCCCCAGGCUUAGACAUGUCUGUCCUCUCCGUAUGUUCCUCCUUAGCCAUUCCACAUGUCAGUGUCAUCAUAUUGCCAUUAAACAGUAUAAUGACAGGUCUCUCGUUGGUAUUUUUUGAACUCAGAUGUUUCUGUUGAAGUUCCUGGAUAUGGGAAGUUAGUAGUGGACAUUGCAUAUGGAGGUGCAUUUUAUGCGUUCGUUAGUGCAGAAAGAUUUGGUCUGGAUGUUUGCACUUCGAAGACCAGAGAUCUUGUAGAUGUGGCAGCGGCAGUGACAGCCUCUGUAAAAGAGCAGGUAAAUGGCCGAUGCAUGCCAGUAUAGUUGCCCUGGCUAGUUUAGCUGCUAUGCUCUGUGAAUGAUCAGUACACUAACUGUAUACUAAUAUUUCAUGCUAGGAUAAAUAACAUUGCAUGUAUGGGGAUUUCAAUAACAUCUCUGCUGGUGACACCUUUCCUCUGCAGGUAAAUCAUUAAUGGGAUCUAUUGUUUAAUGUUUUGUAGGUUAAACUGGCCCACCCUGAGAAUGACGAAAUGGCCUUUCUCUAUGGCACAAUACUGACUGAUGGCAAUGAUGGUUACAGUGAACAGCCGACAGCCAAUAUCUGUGUAUUUGCAGAUUCCCAGGUAUUUAUCAAUUGUAUAAUGCCCUCUGUGUACUUAACUGAUAUAGAGCAGCAAGAAAACAGCCUCUAUUGCUGACAGACAUCAGCAUAGAAUUCAUGCAGACUGUGUUUUAUCUAAUAAUGCGUUGGCUAGCACGAUAUCUAGAUAGUUUUAAAAUGAGGAAUUUAUUUCAAAGAGUAAAAAGUACCAUGACUGGUAUCCUUUAUAAAUGUGUUGGAAUGGAUAGUUGUAAAAGUAUGGCUAAUUAUGUUUCCCAGUGAGAAGUUAUGUUUGUGUGGAUGAAGAGCAUAAGGAUGCAGGCAUGAGUGACUUGCACAGGGCUUCUUAAACCGUUAGAGUAAUCCUGUCCUUGGCAGAGAAAUUGGUUUCAUAAUCGGAAAUAUACAUUUUUUUUUAAUCUUAAAGGAACACUCCAAACACCAUAACUGCUACAACACACCGUAGUGGUGAUUUUGACAGGAAUGCGGUUUGACUACUUAGGGCACUGCUGGCACUAUAACCACUACUAUGCGCUGUUUUGGUUUUGUACUUGUAGUGUUUCUUAAAAUUUGUGAUUAUUCCAAUUUAACAGUGUGUGAUGUACGUGACUAUUGUAUGCCUGAAAAUUCAUUUAAAGAGAUCCUCAGGCUGGAGGUGAUGCCAAGUUUAUUAGUGCGUUGCAUAGAUACUGUAAGUCAUUAAAAAGGAACGUCUAAAAAGAGGUUAAGGCUUGUAUUUUGGGGACAUAAGCCGUUUAAGUAUUUAUAUAGGCAAUGGGAAGAAUACGCUGACUGAUGAGCAUUUUACAAAGUAUAUGUAUACAAUGUCAUGGGACCUGUGAGACAUUUCAAUUAUUUGCCAGGUCUGCAUUCGAAUUUGCCAAUGGCUAGUGGCAAAUGGAAAUAUUGAGACCUGCCUAUAUCACAAGCAACAGGCUGUUAUGAGGCCUGAUGUUAAGAAGCUUGUCUUUUUGUGUUUCUGGACAGCAGUAAUUCUAUAUAUUUUAUUUAUGUAAUUUGAAAGACUGCUCGCCAACUGGUUAAAUAUAUUGGUUAAUAGUGAGAAGAGGUGAUCUGUAUGCACCUAAUGGUUUCACGUGACUUGUAAAUGGGAGGAAUCAUGUUAAAUGUAUCUGCUCUGUGACCUCUCAUAUCCUACAAGCUGGUCUUAGUGGGAGGUCAUUUUCCUAACACUUUUGCUUUCUUUUUGUGCGUUAGGUUGAUCGUAGCCCUACUGGUUCGGGAGUGACUGCUCGUAUUGCUUUACAAUACCACAAGGGUUUAAUACAGCUGGAUCAAACACGCUCUUUCAGAAGUGGCGCCACCGACUCGGUGUUCACUGGAAAAGCUGUUAAGGUACUGUACAUUUCCGAAUAACAUUUCAAUGUUUGCUUUUGGUUAAAUGAAUGAUUUGCAUGUUAACACCGGUAAAUGUAGCAUGCGUUAGACAUAACCACUAGCGACUCUUAUUACUUCUGCUUCAUUUGCCUGUCGUCUUGCUAAGAACUGUUUAUAUUAGAUACUAACUCCAUGAUAGGAACAACCAGAUCUCUUUGCGGUGCAUGUACAACUUCUAAACUCGCAUACAACGCUUGCUUGCAAAUUACAAAUCAUUGAUAUCAGACUGAUCGUUUUCUCACUAUAAAUCAAGUAACAAACUGGACUGAUUGCAAAUUAUAACAGGCAGAAAUGGAUAACAAUCGCUCUCUUAACAAUAGUGGGGGUUUGUGACAUGCAAUGAAUUCAUUUUUUUAUUUUUUUUAUUGACGAGUUUCCUUUUUCCUACAUAGGAAACCACGUGUGGCAAUUUAAAAGCUGUAAUUGUAGAAGUGUCUGGCCAGGCUUUCUAUACCGGUGCGUCAAGCUUUGUUCUUGAAAAUGAAGACACGCUAAAAAAUGGAUUUCUUCUAAAAUAACAUUUUUUUUCUAUAGCGGCAUUCUAAAGACGUUUUUCUUACUCCAACCCAUCUCCAUUUAAACAUUGCUUAUACGUUGGGUUAAUGAUAUUUUUAUCUGUAGUUAUCCCUUCUUUGCUUUAAAUAUACAAAUUUCAUAAAAUACAUGUAAUGUGCUAUACCUGUGUCCCUCUUUAGGUUAGGCAUUUCUUUUUUAUGGAGUGCUUUUUUAACCCAUAAAGUGAUGGAAAAGCCAAGUGAAGAUCGCUUGUACAUUAAAGUCAUGCUGGCUGGUCUCUUGUAAUGAGCCAAAGACAUAUAUAUCUUGUUGGUUUUUUCCUUGUACUUAUUUAGGAGCUUUUUCUUGGGUUUUGUCUGUGGUACUGCUUUAGACAUGGUUUUUAUAUUCCAUUUUAUAUGUGUAUAAAAGUAUCCUGUUGGAGGUCUUGCAUAAAACAAUGGAGAACAUUAAUACUCAAAUAAAACUUUGGAAACUGUUGCUUUUUUUUUUCCCCCCAGUGGUUCUCGUUACACUUCCAAAUCUGAUAUUCUGUUUGUGUGUGCAGUUAUUAACAUACGUGGGUGGGGGGUAUUAAAUUCUGUAGGCUUCUCUUGUGUCAUAGUUGUUCUGUAUCUGCAGGAUAACAUGUACCUGUCAUUGUACACACAACAAUAAGGUCAUCUAUACAGUGUUCUAACACACGUUCUACAAAAUGUGCUCAUUCCUCCCCCUCAGUGAAUCCUCAGCUUAGACCUCUUCAUGCCAGCACCAUGAAGAGAGAAGUCAGGAUUGAAUGAUGGGGAGAGCAGAAGAACCUUUCUACAACCAGUCCUCCUGCUCUUCGUCCGUUAUAUUCGCUCGGUAAGCUUUUCUCACGCUUGCCGGAGGAAUGUUGGAUGUUUUGGAGGAGAAUUGCCCUUGUUGGGGAUAAUGGCAUCUUAGAGGGGGCAGGACUCGAGCGUGGUGCUGUACUCCGCAGUAGUUUAACACCCACAGACCUCAAAGCAUGGCGUCACUGGAGCGAGGAGUCAAAGAUAAAUGCUAAUAAGCAAAGAUAAUUUAAUACUCUGAUAAAUUAUAGAUUUACUUCUUUAGGAGUUUGUAUGUUAAGGUGAAGUGGUGUGACCGGUGAUACUGCAGAAAGACCAGCACCCAACGAUAAAAAACAUUUCUUCGUUUUCCUGCUUUAUCAUAGAAUAGAUCAAUACAAAUAACACUCCUGUAGCCGUGUCUUGUGUUAUUAAAGUGUAGCCCCCAGUUAGUUAUACAUUCUAUAAAUGGACCGGUUCCAGUGCAGUGUCUUAUGGUUAUGUCGCAGUGAUGCACAUUAUGAUCCCACACGGUUUGUGCUGCACUCACCAGUGCAAUAUCCCUACUUGGCUAUGUCUACACACGUGAUCACUCAGUAUAUGUGAGGAAGCUCUCUGCAGAAUUAUCAUUGUGUCUGACUGAUGUCUUUAUAAGAGCCUUACAUUUAUAUCUGGGCAUUUUAUUGUCACAAUCAGCUUGAGUGAGAUUUCUAUAUAAUGGAUCGCCCUGGUCAUUGCUUCAAAAUGUCAUUACCUCCGGGGAGGUGUUUGCAGUGUUGUUUUUUGUUUUAAUUAUUUUUAUUUAUGUGCAAAACUGUUUUGUAGUGUUCAUGUUAUUUUGUUAAUUAGUUAAAAUAAAUUCAGAUUUUUCAAGCCCUUUUGGCUGUUGAAUUUAUACUUGAAAAAUUCACUGCUUAAAGGGACACUAAUCUGCCCACAUAAUUAAAUAUCACUGUUUAGUAGAUCUCUUCUCUGCAGCCUUUGCAAGCCCUCCUCUUCUCUUCUUCCCCUGCCCAAACAUUUUAUGGCUCUCCAAUCGCAGACUUCCCUAAUAUCGUGCAUGUCCCCCUCAUGCUGCCAAAACAGCUCUGAUGUUUCGAAGCAUUUACUCCACAAGACCUCUCGUAUCCUGUGGUAUCUGGCACCAAGACAUUAGCAGCAGGUCCUUUCAUUCCUGCGAGUUUCUAGGUGGGGCUCCAAGGAUUGAAUUUGUUGUUCCAGCACAUCCUACAGAUGCUCAAAUGGAUUGAGAUCUGAGGAAUGAAGAGGCCAAGUCGAAAUUUUCCUCAACCCAUUCCUGAACAAUUAUUGCGGUGUGGCGGGGUGAAUUAUCCUGUUGAAAGAUGCCACUGCCAUCAGAAAACAGAAUUGCCAUUGCAACGGAGAUUCCUGUACCCCAGUUGGGGUACCCCGGCUCGCCGUCCUCUACCCACCCUGGACCUACAAAAAGGCUCCAGGUUCCAUUGGGUGAACAGGAACAGCUCUUAAAAGAGCUUAGUGAUUAUAGCCAUGGGGAGUAUACAGAGUAUAGCAAUCCCCAGUGUAGAUGCAGCCUUUCCCCCCACACAUGAGACGAGGCUCUAUGUUGAAGGUAAAACAGAAACUCAGCAGAUCUGAGGGUUUAUUGAACAGUUUGGUCUUUUAUACAGUUUUCUCCACAAGGUUACCACCCAGGUGGACCUUGUGGGGCACAAGGACACAGGAACAACAAGUCAAUAACACAUUCAGUCACUCCCAUACAGUGUACACAAUCCCUCCUCUCUGCCUGUGAUAUAAUUAACGAAGACAAUGGACUAACUCAAUUAAAGGACCACUAUAGUGCCUGGAAAACAAACUUUUUCCUGGCACUAUAGUAUUAAUAGGUCCCCCCCACCACCCUCAUGGCCCCCCUCCUGCUGGGCUGAAGGGAGAGGAAGGGGUUAAAUCACUUACCUUUCUCCAGCGCCGGGCUCCCUAGACGCUGGGGGGACUCCUCCUCCUUUGGACGUCAUCGGCAAGCGCGCACAUUCAGUCAGUCAAUAGGAAAGCAUUCUCAAUGCUUUCCUAUGGACGCUGGCGUCUUUUCACUGUCAAAAUCAGUGAGAAGCGCGGAAGCCCUCUAGCGGCUGUCAAUGAGUCCGCCACUAGAGGCUGGAUUAAUCCAUAUGUAAACAUAGCAGUUUCUCUGAAACUGCUAUGUUUACAGCAGGCAGGGUUAACCCUAGAUGGACCUGGCACCCAGACCACUUCAUUGAGCUGAAGUGGUCUGGGUGCCUAUAGUGGUCCUUUAACUCUAAGCAGAAAAAACAUACAUUUUUACGAACCCCAAAAUACAACAUAUCCCCUGAUAGCCCCGAUCUGGAUGAACAACAUAUCCAAAAAUCACCCAGAUUGGUUCAGGAAUUUCCUGGAAGUCUUAUUUUUGCCCCACCGUGCACAUGGUCCCAUGCCCAAAACAGUUCCAUAUACCCGACGACUAAACAUUGCUGGACAAUUUUAAGAUGGCUGCCGCCACAUGUUUGAAUCUGUUCCAGUUAAAAGUCCAAGGGACAGAAACAGUCCUUUUGAACAUGGGCCCAUUAUCACAGGGCCCAUAGUCCCAGGGUAGGAGGCUGGCAAACAGGCCCCUCCAAAAACCAGUGGCGAGGUUACUUUCGCCACAGCCAUGAAUCUGUGUACGAGGUGUGCAACACUCACUAGGUAGGUGGUCCGUGUCAAAGUAACAUCCACAUGAAUGCCAGGACCCAGGCUUUCCCAGCAGAACAUUUACCACUUUUUUUCAGCUUAGAGCUUUACAGUAACGGGACACUAUAGUCGCCCACAUCACUUCGUCUCAAUGCAGUGGUCCUAUAUGUUUAACCCAGCAUUGGAAAACAUGGCAGGUUUUUCUCUACAAUGCUUUCCUAUGGGAAGUUUAAAUACACUUGCAACACUCUCCGCACAUGUGUAUUCGAUCCCUCAAGAGACCAUUGCGGUGGAGUUCAUACCUCCACCGUGGUGUCACGGGAGGUGAGAUGUGAGCUCAGUGCUGGAAAAAGGGAGUAAAAAAAACCUUUUAUAUUAUUUUUAUGGCAAAUGGUGGAGGGACCUGUAUUUUACUAGGGAUGCUUUGCUGUGGUGUUCGUUUAUACUGGAUGUGUGGGACCAUAUAACAUGCUUUAUCAAAAUCUGAGUAGUUCAUUCCUCCGAUGUCUUCAUAUAAAACAAUUUAUUUUACACUAUGGUAUGCAGGUGGCAUAUAGGGACAACACCGAAUACUGUAAUGGGUGUGGGGGUCAUCUUGUAAAACAAUACUUCUGUAGCAGUCGCUCAUCGAAUCAAGGCCAGCUGUGUUUUUUGCUGCCUUUCUUGGCAUUGCUGGUCAAGGGGAGCUGGUAGCGUAUGCCCAGCUACAUGUAUUCCACCCCCCCCCACCCCUUAAAUCUCUGCUGAACGACAACUCCAAUCAACCUCAUCCAGUAGUUGAUCUGUCACCAUUUUAAUAGACCCUUAAAGUAUGACUAUUUUUAUCUAAUCUCUCUAUCCCAUUUUAUGGGAAGGAUUGGACUAUAAGUUUGUCCAUGCUUUUGUAUAAGAAGCAUUUGAUUGGGUAAUGCAGAUAUUAAUUCCCUGCGGAGGCCAGUUUUGCAGCUAGUGAAAGGUAAAAAAAUUCCUUCUUUUUUUUUUUUGGUGGCCAAUUCAGCUCAGCCAUUCCCUGUGCUUGUCCUCCCUCUGGCACUCUGUAAUCCAGCAUGGACAGGGUUACCUUUGGCACUGAGAUCCAGCGUGGAGAGGGUUACCCUUUGGCACUGAGAUCCAGCGUGGAGAGGGUUACCCUCUGGCACUAGCUGUGAUCCAGCAUGGAGAGGGUUACCCUCUGGCACUAGCUGUGAUCCAGCAUGGAGAGGGUUACCCUCUGGCACUCUAGCUGUGAUCCAGCAUGGAGAGGGUUACCCUCUGGCACUCUAGCUGUGAUCCAGCAUGGAGAGGGUUACCCUCUGGCACUCUAGCUGUGAUCCAGCAUGGAGAGGGUUACCCUCUGGCACUCUAGCUGUGAUCCAGCAUGGAGAGGGUUACCUUCUGGCACUCUAGCUGUGAUCCAGCAUGGAGAGGGUUACCCUCUGGCACUCUAGCUGUGAUCCAGCAUGGGGAGGGUUACCCUCUGGCACUCUAGCUGUGAUCCAGCAUGGGGAGGGUUACCCUCUGGCACUCUAGCUGUGAUCCAGCAUGGAGAGGGUUACCCUCUGGCACUCUAGCUGUGAUCCAGCAUGGAGAGGGUUACCCUCUGGCACUCUAGCUGUGAUCCAGCAUGGAGAGGGUUACCCUCUGGCACUCUAGCUGUGAUCCAGCAUGGAGAGGGUUACCCUCUGGCACUCUAGCUGUGAUCCAGCAUGGAGAGGGUUACCCUCUGGCACUCUAGCUGUGAUCCAGCAUGGAGAGGGUUACCCUCUGGCACUCUAGCUGUGAUCCAGCAUGGAGAGGGUUACCCUCUGGCACUCUAGCUGUGAUCCAGCAUGGAGAGGGUUACCCUCUGGCACUCUAGCUGUGAUCCAGCAUGGAGAGGGUUACCCUCUGGCACUCUAGCUGUGAUCCAGCAUGGAGAGGGUUACCCUCUGGCACUCUAGCUGUGAUCCAGCAUGGAGAGGGUUACCCUCUGGCACUCUAGCUGUGAUCCAGCAUGGAGAGGGUUACCCUCUGGCACUCUAGCUGUGAUCCAGCAUGGAGAGGGUUACCCUCUGGCACUCUAGCUGUGAUCCAGCAUGGAGAGGGUUACCCUCUGGCACUCUAGCUGUGAUCCAGCAUGGAGAGGGUUACCCUCUGGCACUCUAUCCAGCUGUGAGCUGUGAUCCAGCAUGGAGAGGGUUACCCUCUGGCACUCUAGCUGUGAUCCAGCAGAGGGUUACCCUCUGGCACUCUAGCUGUGAUCCAGCAUGGAGAGGGUUACCCUCUGGCACUCUAGCUGUGAUCCAGCAUGGAGAGGGUUACCCUCUGGCACUCUAGCUGUGAUCCAGCAUGGAGAGGGUUACCCUCUGGCACUCUAGCUGUGAUCCAGCAUGGAGAGGGUUACCCUCUGGCACUCUAGCUGUGAUCCAGCAUGGAGAGGGUUACCCUCUGGCACUAGCUGUGAUCCAGCAUGGAGAGGGUUACCCUCUGGCACUCUAGCUGUGAUCCAGCAUGGAGAGGGUUACCCUCUGGCACUCUAGCUGUGAUCCAGCAUGGAGAGGGUUACCCUCUGGCACUCUAGCUGUGAUCCAGCAUGGAGAGGGUUACCCUCUGGCACUCUAGCUGUGAUCCAGCAUGGAGAGGGUUACCCUCUGGCACUCUAGCUGUGAUCCAGCAUGGAGAGGGUUACCCUCUGGCACUCUAGCUGUGAUCCAGCAUGGAGAGGGUUACCCUCUGGCACUCUAGCUGUGAUCCAGCAUGGAGAGGGUUACCCUCUGGCACUCUAGCUGUGAUCCAGCAUGGAGAGGGUUACCCUCUGGCACUCUAGCUGUGAUCCAGCAUGGAGAGGGUUACCCUCUGGCACUCUAGCUGUGAUCCAGCAUGGAGAGGGUUACCCUCUGGCACUCUAGCUGUGAUCCAGCAUGGAGAGGGUUACCCUCUGGCACUCUAGCUGUGAUCCAGCAUGGAGAGGGUUACCCUCUGGCACUCUAGCUGUGAUCCAGCAUGGAGAGGGUUACCCUCUGGCACUCUAGCUGUGAUCCAGCAUGGAGAGGGUUACCCUCUGGCACUCUAGCUGUGAUCCAGCAUGGAGAGGGUUACCCUCUGGCACUCUAGCUGUGAUCCAGCAUGGAGAGGGUUACCCUCUGGCACUCUAGCUGUGAUCCAGCAUGGAGAGGGUUACCCUCUGGCACUCUAGCUGUGAUCCAGCAUGGAGAGGGUUACCCUCUGGCACUCUAGCUGUGAUCCAGCAUGGAGAGGGUUACCCUCUGGCACUCUAGCUGUGAUCCAGCAUGGAGAGGGUUACCCUCUGGCACUCUAGCUGUGAUCCAGCAUGGAGAGGGUUACCCUCUGGCACUCUAGCUGUGAUCCAGCAUGGAGAGGGUUACCCUCUGGCACUCUAGCUGUGAUCCAGCAUGGAGAGGGUUACCCUCUGGCACUCUAGCUGUGAUCCAGCAUGGAGAGGGUUACCCUCUGGCACUCUAGCUGUGAUCCAGCAUGGAGAGGGUUACCCUCUGGCACUCUAGCUGUGAUCCAGCAUGGAGAGGGUUACCCUCUGGCACUCUAGCUGUGAUCCAGCAUGGAGAGGGUUACCCUCUGGCACUCUAGCUGUGAUCCAGCAUGGAGAGGGUUACCCUCUGGCACUCUAGCUGUGAUCCAGCAUGGAGAGGGUUAGGGUUACCCUCUGGCACUCUAGCUGUGAUCCAGCAUGGGGAGGGUUACCCUCUGGCACUCUAGCUGUGAUCCAGCAUGGGGAGGGUUACCCUCUGGCACUCUAGCUGUGAUCCAGCAUGGAGAGGGUUACCCUCUGGCACUCUAGCUUUGAUCCAGCAUGGAGAGGGUUACCUUCUGGCACUCUAGCUGUGAUCCAGCAUGGAGAGGGUUACCUUCUGGCACUCUAGCUGUGAUCCAGCAUGGAGAGGGUUACCCUCUGGCACUCUAGCUGUGAUCCAGCAUGGAGAGGGUGAUGUUUCAGGCCCCGCCCCCUCUCCCCAGGCCCCGCCCCCUCCCUCCCUCUCCGAGGACCACAGCAGAGAUCCUGUUGCCCCGGUAACCGCCGUGACGUGCCAGGCCCAGCAUCCUCCGGCCGCCCGCUCUCUCCCCGCUGUCUCCCUCCCGGGAUGCCGCCGGCCGGGCCGCAGUGCCGAGCCCCAUGGAGCCGCCCAGUAACCGUAGCUCCCCGGCGGAGGCCGGCCCGGUGCUGCUGGGGGUGUCGGUGGCCUGCCAGGCCCUGCUGCUGCUCGGCCUGCUGCUGCUGUCCUGCCUGGGGAACCUGUCUGUGAUCGCGGUGAUCGCCAAACACCGGCAGCUCCGCACGGUGACCAACGCCUUCAUCGUAUCGCUGUCCGUGUCCGCCCUGCUGUCCGCCCUGCUCUGCCUGCCGCUCUCCCUGCUGCUCCUGCUGGGCCGGGGCCGGGCCUGGCUCUGCAAAGCCAGCGGCUUCUUCAACUCGUGUUUCGGCAUCGUGUCCUCGCUGACCAUGACCCUCAUCUCCCUGGACCGGUACUACGCCAUCGUGCGGCAGCCCCAGGAGAAGAUCGGCCGGGCCCGGGCCGCCCAGCUGCUGCUAGCCGCCUGGCUGACCGCCCUGGGCUUCUCGUUCCCCUGGUACCUGCUGGCCCGGGAGCAAUGGGUGGUCCACAGCCAGGGCUACCAGCACUGCAUGUAUGUCUUUCACUCGGGGGGCUCCAGGCUGGGGGCGGCCUACAGCAUCUCCCUGAUUGUACUGUGCUACCUGCUGCCCUUCUCCUUAAUGUGCUUCUGCCACUACAACAUCUGCAAGGCCGUCCGCCUGUCCGAGAUCCGCGUCCGGCCCGUCACCACCUACGCGCACCUGCUGCGCUUCUACAGCGAGAUGCGGACGGCCACCACCGUGCUGAUCAUGAUCGUCUUCAUCAUCUGCUGCUGGGGACCCUACUGCGUGAUAGGCCUGGUGGCGGCGGCAGCAGGGGACUACCCCUUCACGCCGCUCAUGGACACCGUGGCCGUUUGGAUGGCGUGGGCCAACGGCGCCAUCAACCCGCUCAUUUACGCCAUCCGCAACCCCAAUAUAUCCAUGCUGCUGGGGCGCAAUCGGGAAGAGGGCUACAGGACUAGGAAUAUUGCCGCCUACCUGUGUACACAGGGUCAGAGCAGAGAGGCCAGAGGACGGGCUGACCCCAUACGUGACCGUUACGGUAACCGUCACGGUCAGGGGAGCCGGGUAUCGUCCUCCAGUCCGGCCAACGGUGGCGACGUGGCCAUGUGGGCUUGUAAGAACCCGACUGUGCUGUUUUGCAGAGAAAGUCAGCCGGACACUGUGACCGAACCGCCACUCAUGAAGUCCGAAACGGUGGACACAAGCCUUUAGUGACCCUGACUAUAACUCUGUCCACAUGGUACAAAAGCCGGAUCAUCACGUGUAGCUGGCUUGGGACAUAAAAAGCUCUGGGACUAUAAAAAUGAAAUCUGCCUAAUGUGAAAAGGGAGAAAUCUAAUCCCGAACAUGACCUAAUAGAGCGAUGAAGUCAGUUAUGGGAUUCAUUUGCCAAAUAUGGUGUUUACGUGGGUUGGCGGUCACCUUGCAUAUUUUUGGCCAAAAUAGCCAAGAUGUCGAAAUUUGCCAUUUUGGUCAUCUUAACAACCUGGCUGUUUUGAUCUCCGUUUUAAAAGUCAAUGUCAGCCCUCUGUCAGUAAACCCCUACACCAGACCAUACUGUGACACUCCGAAAUGCUGUUAAUGGCAGUGAUUGCUCUUUUUAUACCGUUCUUUCCCUUAAUAUUUUUGAUGGGGUUUUUUGUUGCUUUUUUAUGUAAAGUGUAUUAUAUACAAAAAAAGGAUAAAACAUUUUGCAAACUGUCCUGUUAACAGGGCUCUAUCACGGGUAAAAAUAUUUAUUUUUUUGGUGAAAUGUGUGAUGCAGAAUUGUACAAAAUGUGGUUUUUUUUUUUUGUUCUUGCUUGCUAAUCAUAUUCAAAUGUUUUCCAGGCUCUGGAAAAUGCAGGGUUAAUUCAGAGGGCCAUUUGGUUAAUGAGAUCUGAUAGACUCUCUUGCUGUGAGAUAUUGUUUACAUUUAAUUGCUACAGUGAAACAGAAGAAAUGAUGUUAUUGGUGUGAAACUGUUUCAUUUGUAGUUCAUGUAUUGCAGAAAGUUGAGCAGGGAAUUUUAGUUUUAGCAUUUAAAAUGCACAGGUCAAGGUACCAGUAAUUCAGUUUAAUCUAGUAAAGGCCAGGUUUUUGGCAGAGUCCUCGUACUAAAUGGCAAAAAUUGACCUUAUAGAGUUAAUGCACACGUAAGUUAAAAUCCACAUGAGAAUUAAUUGGGACAUAUUGUAGCGUUUCAGUGGCAACAUUUUAUGGCAAUUCACAGUACAUUUGCUCCAGAAUCAGACCAUCCAAAUUAGCCUUGAAAGUGCCCCCAAAAGUCCUGGGUAAUGCAUCCAUGAAUAACGAGCUGUAGUCCCCAGUAACUCCAUGCACACUAAAGGCUUUCCAACAAGCAGGUGGAUAGCCACUGAUGGUGCAUUAAUACAUUGGAUGGGCUCUACCUGCCCAGCAGUGCUCUCCUCCCCUUUACUUGAUAUGUGUCGAGUGAGAUGUUGCUAAUAUAGCGAUUGGGCAGCCCCUUGCCCUCUGAUAUUUUUUUUUUAUUUUUUUAUUUUUUAUUUUUUUUCCAUCAGUAUUUUUUAUUUUACCCAAUGUCAGAUAUUGUAAAUUCUGCUCCUUUCCCUGUAGAAAUGCAUAAACACCAGCAUCUCCAACUCUGCUAGUCUGGAGGCAAAUCCAUAAAUAUUCUGUGACUUUCUCCAGGCAUCCUUAUCGAGUGAUAUCUGUUAUCAUUGAAUUCACUAAUUGUGCCUGGUCAUCGUGUGAUGAUGUUAGUUUAUAAUGUUCGAUUACAUUAAUCCUGUUGGCGUCACACUGCAAAUUUUGUCAGUUUGUAAUAUCUGCAUGUGUAUUUUUUUUCUUUGUGGUUAUUUGUGUGUUUGUAUACAGACACAAACACGCAAUGAGAGCAGUACCAAAAGCAAAUCAUGUUCUUGUGUGAGAUGGAGGGAGCAUGUAACGACAUAGAUAAACAUGUAAAUCAAGAGGAAGAGUACGACUUAAUAUAGUGUAGUAUUUCUGGUGCAACUUAAUAAGAGAGAGAGAAAUCCACUUACUGAGUGUGGAGCUUAAAUGAACUACUGUGCCUGGGCGGUAUAAACCUCGCCUAGGGAUACCUGCUGUUUUAUUUUUGAUCCAGUAGUGAAUGUGUGAAAUCAACAGAGAAUAAAACCAAAUGUAGUGCAGUAUUUUUUCAUUUUAUUUUUCUCAUGAUGCUGAAUUAAUAUUUCACAAAAUACUGCACUUGAUUUGGUUUUAUUCUUUUUAUUUCAAAUAUUUAUUUCAGUACUUACUACUGGAUUAAAGCACAACAUGCCAGAUAUCCCUAGGCGAGAAUAAUACCGUCCGGGCGCAUCUAAGCUCCACACUAUGUAAGUGCAUUUCUUGCUUUUUUUAUUGCGUUGCUACAGAAAUACUACACAGUAUAUUGUAGUGCUUUUCCUCUGGUUUUACAUAUUUAUCUGUCUUAGAAUUCCUUUAAGCACCCCCCUUGCCCCCCGGUUUGGGUUGCUUGCGCUGCCUUCUGUAUUCAACUGUAGUGGUAGAAACCUGCCACCUGUAUAUUUUAAAUCAUGUUCUUGCUGAGACCACUACAGAAUGAAUUAACUCAACCCUUCAUCCUUUAGAGGUUCAUUUAAAAUAAUCUCCCUUAUAUUUUGAAAAAUAACACCCUAGUACACCUCUCUCUCCCUCUUUCAUUUCACAUUUGAUCUUCAUUUGAGUUAUUGUCCUGGAAUUGGCUUCUAGAAUUGUUUUACACUUGUCCAUCAAGUUCUCUAUAAAGGCUCUUAUUGUCAUGCUGACCUUGUAUAGAGCCAAGCGUUCCAGUAUCCGUGUGUGUGUGUGGCAUUGUGUCAUAGGAUUUCUUGUAGUCAGUCCAUGCACGGAUUGGUCUGUCUGGUCUUAGAAUCCUGUGUGACUGCUUGUUCUACCAGUAGUUUCCAAUCCUUUUUUUGAGUAUUCCUCGUGUACUGACUCAUAUGCCCAUCAAUCUUGGAGGCUAUGAUGCCUGACUGGACCCUCCAUGUUGUGGGGAGGCAGGUUGAUUGGUCGGUAGUUUGAUAUUGUUGUUCCCUUGUAAGAGUUCUUCAUGGCCAGUAUUGUUCUGCCUUAUGUUGGCCAGGCAGGGUGGGAGCUUGUUGCUAGGGGUUCAUGCAGCGCUGUUAUGUCUUUAUUCUGUAGGUGUGGAUCAUGUCAGGUCCUGGGGCUGACCAACUCAUCAACUGUGACAGUAGGUACUGGGCCUUUGGUGUUAUGUGAUCCUUCUUUCUCACAGAGAUUCUUCCAGUACGGUUUAGUCUCUGCUCUAGGUGGGUCUUGGGUGAAUAUAUUGUGGUUCCCCUGAAGCUGUGUGCACACCUGAUGGUUCUGUGUUAACGAACAUUUAUUCCGUUAGCCUCUGCUUGUCUGGUUCCAAGCACUGUCAGACUAUGCUUAUGCCUUUGGAAUGGUCAUAUGAUUGGAUUUCCUCAGUAGUCCGGAUCUAUCCUUGAUCUUUCCACCUCUGUGAAGAUCAUUCAGCUUACUUAACUACCAAACGUGUUCCCUUUAUGUCAACCUCCAGUCUUAGUCUACAUGGUGGGCAUUGUUUCUCCUUCAGCCUGUAGUCAAGUAUUUGGAGAACCACUGAUGCUGUGGCAUUUAUGGGUUUGUUGGUCUCUGUGAUGGUGUUUGGUUGGGCCUCAUUAACCGCUGCUCGAAUACUGUCUGGCUGUUUUCCAGUGAUCUUUGGUAAUCUAGUCCGGUGGUCACUGACUACUAACUUCACUAUGAUCAUCUCUCUCUCUCCCUCCUAUACAUGCAAGUGUUGGAUGGUGUGCCAUUACCUUAAUCAGAAAUGGGAAUAACAGAACAUUGAUAGCACAAUAGUGUCACUCUGAAAUGGCACAAACACGCCUUAUCAGUUAAAAAUUGUAUCAGUAUCUUCUGUACGAAAAUCCAGAUUAUUUAACAUAAAAUAAUAAAACGGAGAUCACAGAAUUACCGUGAUGAAGCGGGAGAUUUGGCUAAAUACUGAUUUCCAUGGUCUUUAGAUUACGUAUGUAUUAUGAGACAGUGCCUCGUACCCAAACCCAGCUCUUUUUAUACUUCAUAAAACAAGAUAUCUCGGCCAGUAUGAAUACAUUUAGAGCAGUCAGUGUUUGCUGUGUAUGGUGUGUCGGACAGACAUGCUCAGUAAUUCCGGUAUUAAAGUUAAUAGAGGCGGCUCGUGUACUGGGGAGCUGUCAGUGGCCGCAUUGUACAUUAUGCAGAUAGAAACAAAAAAAAAACAUAACACCCAAUCAAUAAUGCAUACCUUGGGAUCGUAUGGGUUAAAAUGCUUAUAUAUUCAUUUAUUUAUAUUUUUAUGCGGCUUUAGUCCAAACUGAGAUCCCUCAAUGAAUGCAGAAUCUGCCACCUUUCCCUUUAAUUAUUAUUAUUAUUAUUGCCAUUUAUAUAGCGCCAACAGAUUCCGUAGCGCUUUACAAUAUUAUGAGGGUGUGUGUGUAUGCGUGUGUGUUUCCGCGUGUUUGGCCUUUACAAAUUUCACUAUUAUCCGCAUAGAACGGUCACUGCCAUUAUCACAUUUGGACCCUGGUGUAUAUGUUUUCAAUCCUGAUUUAGCCAAAUCGGGCAGCAAUGCUAAACUGUUUAUUAAUAUUGUUCCCAAGAAGUGGUGUCUGUUUGCAUUGUCAGCAUUUAGCCUUAUCUUUCAGAUAUAAGCGUUGUAUUAAUGUAUGGCACAAUUUUGGGGAAUCAAAUUAUACCUGAAGAUUUAUUGAGGUUCUCUUAUGAUGCACAGCCAUAUUUAAUGCAAAACACUGUGAAACAAGUAUUAAUUAGAUUUGUUUGAAAUUGAAAUGGCCAGUCUAAGCACCGAAGCCACUUCAUCUUAAUGAAGUUAUUUUGGGGGCAUUUGAAAGCAGUGCCAUUUUCUGGAAAGCGCCGCUGUUUACAUUUUCCAAUUCUCACACCUAUGGCCACUGUCAGUUGGACAGCCACUAGGGCUUUGGGAUUAAAAUAGAUUCAUUCAUUGAAUGUAUUUUAUGUCCAGCGUCGGCAGGCAGAGUUUGUGUGCUGGGUAUUUGUCCAGUUUUUUUUUUUUUUUUUAAAAGCACUGGAAUCAAUGCUUGUGACCGGGAAGAUUCAAUCAUGGUAUAGCAGUGCAUACUCUGCGUGUCCUCCAUGCUUCUCAGUGAGAAACCUUUAAUUGGGUAAAAGUUCUCGAUGACGUUAGUGAGGUUAGAUUGGGCUGCAGUAAGCAGUAUAUCCCGGCGCUGGAAUAAAGCUUCAGUUAUUUAGUAUUGUAUUCUAGAGGUUUUAAAUAUGCUGCUUGAUCCCUUGGUACACAUUAAAAUAGUGCGGGUUCAUUCAUCAAACAAUAAACUGUGAUGCAGAACGGAAACAAAGUAUCCAUCUCCACACUCACGCUGUUCUGUCCUAAAUUUCGCAAAUUCUGUUUCCAGUUUGCCAAAAGUCUAAACCACAUGGAGCUUUUCAUUUGAAAUAUUCUUAAAUCACUGUUGCUUUGGCCUUCAUUUGACCUUUUCUUAAGCAAAUGCGUUUUUGAUCUUAAAUCUGUAUUUCCCUUGUAAAUUCUGUACAAUUCCUAUUCGUAAAUAACCGCCGUGCCUUGCAGUCACAUACUUUGGGUUAUUUACUAAACUGUGAAUUAUCUAGAUUUACCGGAAAAUUCCAAAUGUUGGUAUUUAAAAAAAAUAAAAAUCCUGAAUGGUAAAAAAUUGUUUCCGAAUCAUUUCCCUUGUGAAGUAUUGCAUUGUUUGUGGUAUGGAAAGUAUUGAAUACUUUGAAAUAUUAUUUAUAGAGAAACAUAGAAUGUGACGGCAGAUAAGAACCGUUCGGCCCAUCUAGUCUGCCCAAUUUUCUAAAUACUUUCAUUAGUCCCUGGCCUUAUCUUAUAGUUAGGAUAGCCUUAUGCCUAUCCCACGCAUGCUUAAACUCCUUUACUGUGUUAACCUCUACCACUUCAGCAGGAAGGCUAUUCCAUGCAUCCACUACCCUCUCAGUAAAGUAAUACUUCCUGAUAUUAUUUUUAAACCUUUGUCCCUCUAAUUUAAGACUAUGUCCUCUUGUUGUGGUAGUUUUUCUUCUUUUAAAUAUAGUCUCCUCCUUUACUGUGUUGAUUCCCUUUAUGUAUUUAAAUGUUUCUAUCAUAUCCCCCCUGUCUCGUCUUUCCUCCAAGCUAUACAUGUUAAGAUCCUUUAACCUUUCCUGGUAAGUUUUAUCCCGCAAUCCAUGAACCAGUUUAGUAGCCCUUCUCUGAACCCUCUCUAAGGUAUCAAUAUCCUUCUGAAGAUACGGUCUCCAGUACUGUGUACAAUACUCCAAGUGAGGUCUCACCAGUGUUCUGUACAAUGGCAUGAGCACUUCCCUCUUUCUACUGCUAAUACCUCUCCCUAUACAACCAUGCAUUCUGCUAGCAUUUCCUGCUGCUCUAUAGAAACAUAGAAUGUGACGGCAGAUAAGAACCAUUCGGCCCAUCUAGUCUGCCCAAUUUUCUAAAUACUUUCAUUAGUCCCUGACCUUAUCUUAUAGAUAGGAUAGCCUUAUGCCUAUCCCAUGCAUGCUUAAACUCCUUUACUGUGUUAACCUCUACCACUUCAGCUGGAAGGCUAUUCCAUGCAUCCACUACCCUCUCAGUAAAGUAAUACUUCCUGAUAUUAUUUUUAAACCUUUGUCCCUCUAAUUUAAGACUAUGUCCUCUUGUUGUGGUAGUUUUUCUUCUUUUAAAUAUAGUCUCCUCCUUUACUGUGUUGAUUCCCUUUAUAUAUUUAAAUGUUUCUAUCAUAUCCCCCCUGUCUCGUCUUUCCUCCAAGCUAUACAUGUUAAGAUCCUUUAACCUUUCCUGGUAAGUUUUAUCCCGCAAUCCAUGAACCAGUUUAGUAGCCCUUCUCUGAACUCUCUCUAAGGUAUCAAUAUCCUUCUGAAGAUACGGUCUCCAGUACUGCGUACAAUACUCCAAGUGAGGUCUCACCAGUGUUCUGUACAAUGGCAUGAGCACUUCCCUCUUUCUACUGCUAAUACCUCUCCUAUACAACCAUGCAUUCUGCUAGCAUUUCCUGCUGCUCUAUGAGAAACAUAGAAUGUGACAGAUAAGAACCAUUCAAGCCCAUCUAGUGCCCAAUUUUCUAAAUACUUUCAUUAGUCCCUGGCCUUAUCUUAUAGAUAGGAUAGCCUUAUGCCUAUCCCAUGCAUGCUUAAACUCCUUUACUGUGUUAACCUCUACCACUUCAGCUGGAAGGCUAUUCCAUGCAUCCACUACCCUCUCAGUAAAGUAAUACUUCCUGAUAUUAUUUUUAAACCUUUGUCCCUCUAAUUUAAGACUAUGUCCUCUUGUUGUGGUAGUUUUUCUUCUUUUAAAUAUAGUCUCCUCUAUUACAUUGUCUGCCUACCUUUAAGUCAUCAGAAAUAAUCACCCCUAAAUCCCUUUCCUCAUAUGUUGAGGUUAGGACCAAGAUGCAGUAUAGAGCACCAAAUAAAACCAGAACCACUUCUAGCAGAUGUCUAAAUUAGUUUCUAAAACUUUGUCAUAAUGAUGGUGAUUUAUUUUGAUCAUAUCACAAGGACACUGGAACAUUUAUGCAGUUUGUAGCUUAUGGGCUAAAUAAUGGACAGUUUUUUUUCCAGUUUCAUGCAGAGUUUCAUAUAUUAAUGGCAAAAAAAGUUUUGUAUUAUUCUGCUCUUUACUCCACUGCCUCCGUUCUGUUCAUAGCGACACCAAUGUUAUCACAGAGCACAGCACAGCCUUCUGGGAGUUUACAAGCAGACAGUCUUGCCCAUUUCGUUCAGAUAGGUGCUGGCGUAACUGCGACUUCUCUGGUUUGUAUAGCCACAUUUGGUGGGAAUGUCCAAAAAUAGGUCCAUUAUGGAAGGAAAUAUUUCAUUUCCUCUUAGCCACUUUGAAUUGAUCUAUUAGAACUCCUACCUAUAUACCUCCAAUAAUAAAAAUAUCUACUCUGGAGGCCAAUAAAACAUGGGGGAAAUGGUCCAUUUGGCCAACAAAUCUGCUCUAAUCCUAAUAAUUUUAUUAUCUUUCAUUACUGAUAACACAUAUUCUGAUAAACAGAUAAUGGUAUUCUAUUUCAAUCCCAUUUUUUUUCCUAUGAGAAAUAAUGAUGUUUAUAAUUACAUUAUAAAAGCCAGAGCGGUUUGCUUCCUCCUUCCGUUGGCUCCACUGAGAUUUUACCUGUCCUCUUGGCCCCUGCUUCCUCCUUCCGUUGGCUCAAUGAAAAGCCACUGAGGAGAGGCCGCAGGAAUUAGAACGGCAAUGUUUGCAAGCCUCUUAGAUUUACACCAAUGCCAACAUGCAAAACUAAAUGCAUGCAUGUUUUCACUGGGGUAUGUCUACUAAAUAGUGAUUAAUUUUCCUGUGGAGUGUUUCUUUAACAGAACCGUAAGUCCCAGAAACCCUUGAUUUGUGCAGAACUGAGGAUGUACACAGAGAGCUUUGAAAUUUGUUUCAUACCCUACAGACUGUUAGACCAGUAGGCAGUGGGACAGCUUCUUAGGAGAGAUUUCUCUUCUGUCUAGACUUAUGUGACUGCAACAUUUCCAAUCUCUUCAGAGAGGGUUAAAGUGUGUAUUGUGGCACGUGCUGGGUUAAAUAUGUCCAAACUUGCACAAUUUGUAGACUAGAAUGGCUCAACCAAUUGACAAGACUGUUAUUCAUGGAUUUAAAAUAAAUAAAUAAAUAAAUAAAAAAUCUUUAAAAGCGAGUAACUAGAAUGUUUUUCAUAUUCUUAUUCCAAUGCAUCAUAUGUUCUGUGCUUUACAAAUACAAAUGGGGCAUUUCUUUUAAAUUUAGAAUUGGAUGUUGUUUGUACCAGUUCAUUUAUUUAUUAAAGUUAUGGAGGAUUUUAUUUGGCAGAUUUUAGCCUAAACUUUAGCGAAUAGAUCAGGGGAGCCCAAAAGGUUACACCCCCCACCCCCCCCCCAGAUGUUUUAAACCUACAGCUUCCAUGAUCAUGGUAUGGAAGUUGUACUUCUACAAUAUCUGGGGAUCUACAAUCUGGGCACCCCCUGGAAUAGAUCGGUGAGACAGUCCUCUCUAAAGGGUCCAUGCCCUCAUUUGCAAAUUGAGUAAAAUAAAUCCAGUUUGGACUUGACAUAUUUUAAUUCAUUGCAUUAAUAAUGCUUUUAAAAUUAUCCAUAAUCCACCAGUCCUGAAUAAGUUACGGCUAUCUGACAUUCCUGCAUUUAUAGUAGAUAUGGCAGACAGGGCAGUGAUCUGGGGUAGGCCAUUCGGCAUGCUCCAGUAACUUUAUAUGGAACCAUUCAGGGUGCACACUUGAUCCUUUCAAUCCUUAUCUAGCAGGGCUAUAUGGGCAGUCCAGGGCUUUCCAGAUGUUGCAAUUCAGUUAUCGACUUUUUACUUAUGAAAGCUGUUGCCAGAAUUGCAAUUCCCAGAAACCUUUGCUGUGCUUCCUCACAUGACAUGAAUAACUGUAUAUGGACGGCGCUAUGACAUCACACGUGCAUGUCCAAUAACCAGCAAGAAGAAAGUGUUUCGAAUGUGUAAGGUGGAACAGAAGAUGAUGCAUUCAGUUGCUAAACACAGUUGGUUAUUUAAAACUCUAAAAAUAAAAAUGCAUCAAAGUUGUGAUGGUACCUGUAGUGUAUCUUUAAUGUAUCACCUGGUUGUUUCCUUCGAAAUGAAAAACAUUUUGCUAAAUAUUUUUACAUUAUUUAGCCUUCACCCUUAAUUAAUAGUGGAUUUGCUGUCAAUGUCCAAUUAUAAUUUGAUUAAUCUGUUCUGUAACUAGAUCAGUGAAAAGUUUGCACCUUAUUGUUCCUAUCUUUAGUAAAUGUGAAAGCACAAUAUGCAUUGCUGUACAUGUGACAUCUAUUGUACAGCGCUGUGGAAUUUGUUGGCGCUAUGUAAAUAUUAAUAUGUACAGGUGACAUCUAUUGUACAGCACUGUGGAAUUUGUUGGCGCUAUGUAAAUAUUAAUAUCUACAGGUGACAUUAUUGUACAGCGCUGUGGAAUUUGUUGGCGCUAUAUAAAUAAUAUGUACAGGUGACAUCUAUUGUACAGCGCUGUGGAAUUUGUUGGCACUAUAUAAAUAAUAUGUACAGGUGACAUCUAUUGUACAGCGCUGUGGAAUUUGUUGGCACUAUGUAAAUAUUAAUAUGUACAGGUGACAUCUAUUGUAGAGCGCUGUGGAAUUUGUUGGCGCUAUGUAAAUAUUAAUAUGUACAGGUGACAUCUAUUGUACAGCGCUGUGGAAUUUGUUGGCACUAUGUAAAUAUUAAUAUGUACAGGUGACUUCUAUUGUAGAGCGCUGUGGAAUUUGUUUGCGCUAUGUAAAUAUUAAUAUGUACAGGUGACAUCUAUUGUACAGCGCUGUGGAAUUUGUUGGCGCUAUGUAAAUAUUAAUAUGUACAGGUGACAUCUGUUGUAGAGCGCUGUGGAAUUUGUUGGCGCUAUAUAAUUAUUAAUAUGUACAGGUGACAUUAUUGUACAGCGCUGUGGAAUUUGUUGGCGCUAUAUAAAUAUUAAUAUGUACAGGUGACAUUAUUGUACAGCGCUGUGGAAUUUGUUGGCGCUAUGUAAAUAUUAAUAUGUACAGGUGACAUCUAUUGUACAGCGCUGUGGAAUUUGGCGCUAUGUAAAUAUUAAUAUGUACAGGUGACAUCUAUUGUACAGCGCUGUGGAAUUUGUUGGCGCUAUGUAAAUAUUAAUAUGUACAGGUGACAUCUAUUGUACAGCGCUGUGGAAUUUGUUGGCGCUAUGUAAAUAUUAAUAUGUACAGGUGACAUCUAUUGUAGAGCGCUGUGGAAUUUGUUGGCGCUAUGUAAAUAUUAAUAUGUACAGGUGACAUCUGUUGUAGAGCGCUGUGGAAUUUGUUGGCGCUAUAUAAUUAUUAAUAUGUACAGGUGACAUUAUUGUACAGCGCCGUGGAAUUUGGCGCUAUAUAAAUAUUAAUAUGUACAGGUGACAUCUAUUGUACAGCGCUGUGGAAUUUGUUGGCGCUAUGUAAAUAUUAAUAUGUACAGGUGACAUCUAUUGUACAGCGCUGUGGAAUUUGUUGGCGCUAUGUAAAUAUUAAUAUGUACAGGUGACAUCUAUUGUACAGCGCUGUGGAAUUUGUUACGCCAUAUAAAUACAUGUACAGGUGACAUCUAUUGUACAAAGCUGUUGAAUUUGUUGGUGUUAUGUAAAUAUUAAUAUGUACAGGUGAUAUCUAUUGUACAGCCAGCCAGGAAUUUAAGUUGGCUUAAGGCAAAAUAUUAAUAUGUACAGGUGACAUCUAUUGUACAGCUGUGGAAUUUGUUGGCGCUAUGUAAAUAUUAAUAUGUACAGGUGACAUCUAUUGUACAGCGCUGUGGAAUUUGGCGCUAUGUAAAUAUUAAUAUGUACAGGUGACAUCUAUUGUAGAGCGCUGUGGAAUUUGUUGGCGCUAUGUAAAUAUUAAUAUGUACAGGUGACAUCUAUUGUACAGCGCUGUGGAAUUUGUUGGCGCUAUAUAAAUAUUAAUAUGUACAGGUGACAUCUAUUGUACAGCGCUGUGGAAUUUGGCGCUAUAUAAAUAUUAAUAUGUACAGGUGACAUCUAUUGUAAAGCGCUGUGGAAUUUGUUGGCGCUAUGUAAAUAUUAAUAUGUACAGGUGACAUCUAUUGUACAGCGCUGUGGAAUUUGUUGGCGCUAUAUAAAUAUUAAUAUGUACAGGUGACAUCUAUUGUACAGCGCUGUAGAAUUUGUUGGCGCUAUAUAAAUAAUAUGUACAGGUGACAUCUAUUGUACAGCGCUGUUGAAUUUGUUGGUGCUAUGUAAAUAUUAAUAUGUACAGGUGACAUCUAUUGUACAGCGCCGUGGAAUUUGUUGGCGCUAUGUAAAUAUUAAUAUGUACAGGUGACAUCUAUUGUACAGCGCUGUGGAAUUUGUUGGCGCUAUGUAAAUAUUAAUAUGUACAGACAUCUAUUGGCCUGGCCUUAGAUGGAAUUUAUUUGGUAUAUGUAAAUAUUAAUAUGUACAGGUGACAUUAUUGUACAGCGCUGUGGAAUUUGUUGGCGCUAUGUAAAUGUUAAUAUGUACAGGUGACAUCUAUUGUACAGCACUGUGGAAUUUGUUGGCGCUAUAUAAAUAUUAAUAUGUACAGGUGACAUCUAUUUUACAGCGCUGUAGAAUUUGUUGGCGCUAUAUAAAUAAUAUGUACAGGUGACAUCUAUUGUACAGCGCUGUGGAAUUUGGCGCUAUAUAAAUAUUAAUAUGUACAGGUGACAUCUAUUGUACAGCGCUGUGGAAUUUGUUGGCGCUAUGUAAAUAUUAAUAUGUACAGGUGACAUUAUUGUACAGCGCUGUGGAAUUUGUUGGCGCUAUAUAAAUAAUAUGUACAGGUGACAUCUAUUGUACAGCGCUGUAGAAUUUGUUGGCGCUAUAUAAAUAAUAUGUACAGGUGACAUCUAUUGUAAAGCGCUGUGGAAUUUGGUGCUAUAUAAAUAAUAAUAUGUACAGGUGACAUCUAUUGUACAGCGCCGUGGAAUUUGUUGGCGCUAUUUAAAUAUUAAUAUGUACAGGUGACAUUAUUGUACAGCGCUGUGGAAUUUGUUGGCGCUAUGUAAAUGUUAAUAUGUACAGGUGACAUCUAUUGUACAGCGCUGUGGAAUUUGUUGGCGCUAUAUAAAUAAUAUGUACAGGUGACAUCUAUUGUACAGCGCUGUGGAAUUUGUUGGCGCUAUGUAAAUAUUAAUAUGUACAGGUGACUUCUAUUGUACAGCGCUGUGGAAUUUGUUGGCGCUAUGUAAAUAUUAAUAUGUACAGGUGACAUUAUUGUACAGCGCUGUGGAAUUUGUUGGCGCUAUGUAUUAAUAUGUACAGGUGACAUCUAUUGUACAGCGCCGUGGAAUUUGUUGGCGCUAUGUAAAUAUUAAUAUGUACAGGUGACAUCUAUUGUACAGCGCCGUGGAAUUUGUUGGCGCUAUGUAAAUAUUAAUAUGUACAGGUGACAUUAUUGUACAGCGCUGUGGAAUUUGUUGGCGCUAUGUAAAUGUUAAUAUGUACAGGUGACAUCUAUUGUACAGCACUGUGGAAUUUGUUGGCGCUAUAUAAAUAUUAAUAUGUACAGGUGACAUCUAUUUUACAGCGCUGUAGAAUUUGUUGGCGCUAUAUAAAUAAUAUGUACAGGUGACAUCUAUUGUACAGCGCUGUGGAAUUUGUUGGCGCUAUGUAAAUAUUAAUAUGUACAGGUGACUUCUAUUGUACAGCGCUGUGGAAUUUGGCGCUAUGUAAAUAUUAAUAUGUACAGGUGACUUCUAUUGUACAGCGCUGUGGAAUUUGGCGCUAUAUAAAUAUUAAUAUGUACAGGUGACAUCUAUUGUAGAGCGCCGUGGAAUUUGUUGGCGCUAUGUAAAUAUUAAUAUGUACAGGUGACAUCUAUUGUACAGCGCCGUGGAAUUUGUUGGCGCUAUGUAAAUGUUAAUAUGUACAGGUGACAUCUAUUGUACAGCGCUGUGGAAUUUGUUGGCGCUAUAUAAAUAAUAUGUACAGGUGACAUCUAUUGUACAGCGCUGUGGAAUUUGUUGGCGCUAUGUAAAUAUUAAUAUGUACAGGUGACUUCUAUUGUACAGCGCUGUGGAAUUUGUUGGCGCUAUGUAAAUAUUAAUAUGUACAGGUGACAUUAUUGUACAGCGCUGUGGAAUUUGUUGGCGCUAUAUAAAUAAUAUGUACAGGUGACAUCUAUUGUACAGCGCUGUGGAAUUUGUUGGCGUUAUGUAAAUAUUAAUAUGUACAGGUGGCAUCUAUUGUAGAGCGCUGUGGAAUUUGUUGGCGCUAUAUAAAUAUUAAUAUGUACAGGUGACAUCUAUUGUACAGCGCUGUGGAAUUUGUUGGCGCUAUGUAAAUAUUAAUAUGUACAGGUGACAUUAUUGUACAGCGCUGUGGAAUUUGUUGGCGCUAUAUAAAUAAUAUGUACAGGUGACAUCUAUUGUAGAGCGCUGUGGAAUUUGUUGGCGCUAUGUAAAUAUUAAUAUGUACAGGUGACAUCUGUUGUAGAGCGCUGUGGAAUUUGUUGGCGCUAUAUAAUUAUUAAUAUGUACAGGUGACAUUAUUGUACAGCGCUGUGGAAUUUGGCGCUAUAUAAAUAUUAAUAUGUACAGGUGACAUCUAUUGUACAGCGCUGUGGAAUUUGUUGGCGCUAUGUAAAUAUUAAUAUGUACAGGUGACAUCUAUUGUACAGCGCUGUGGAAUUUGUUGGCGCUAUAUAAAUAUUAAUAUGUACAGGUGACAUCUAUUGUACAGCGCUGUAGAAUUUGUUGGCGCUAUAUAAAUAAUAUGUACAGGUGACAUCUAUUGUACAGCGCUGUUGAAUUUGUUGGUGCUAUGUAAAUAUUAAUAUGUACAGGUGACAUCUAUUGUACAGCGCCGUGGAAUUUGUUGGCGCUAUGUAAAUAUUAAUAUGUACAGGUGACAUCUAUUGUACAGCGCUGUGGAAUUUGUUGGCGCUAUGUAAAUAUUAAUAUGUACAGGUGACAUCUAUUGUACAGCGCUGUGGAAUUUGUUGGCGCUAUGUAAAUAUUAAUAUGUACAGGUGACAUCUAUUGUACAGCGCUGUGGAAUUUGUUGGCGCUAUGUAAAUAUUAAUAUGUACAGGUGACAUUAUUGUACAGCGCUGUGGAAUUUGUUGGCGCUAUGUAAAUAAUAUGUACAGGUGACAUCUAUUGUACAGCGCUGUGGAAUUUGUUGGCGCUAUGUAAAUAUUAAUAUGUACAGGUGACAUCUGUUGUAGAGCGCUGUGGAAUUUGUUGGCGCUAUAUAAUUAUUAAUAUGUACAGGUGACAUUAUUGUACAGCGCUGUGGAAUUUGGCGCUAUAUAAAUAUUAAUAUGUACAGGUGACAUCUAUUGUACAGCGCUGUGGAAUUUGUUGGCGCUAUGUAAAUAUUAAUAUGUACAGGUGACAUCUAUUGUACAGCGCUGUGGAAUUUGGCGCUAUAUAAAUAUUAAUAUGUACAGGUGACAUCUAUUGUAGAGCGCCGUGGAAUUUGUUGGCGCUAUGUAAAUAUUAAUAUGUACAGGUGACAUCUAUUGUACAGCGCCGUGGAAUUUGUUGGCGCUAUGUAAAUAUUAAUAUGUACAGGUGACAUUAUUGUACAGCGCUGUGGAAUUUGUUGGCGCUAUGUAAAUGUUAAUAUGUACAGGUGACAUCUAUUGUACAGUGCUGUAGAAUUUGUUGGCGCUAUAUAAAUAAUAUGUACAGGUGACAUCUAUUGUACAGCGCUGUGGAAUUUGUUGGCGCUAUGUAAAUAUUAAUAUGUACAGGUGACUUCUAUUGUACAGCGCUGUGGAAUUUGUUGGCGCUAUGUAAAUAUUAAUAUGUACAGGUGACAUUAUUGUACAGCGCUGUGGAAUUUGUUGGCGCUAUAUAAAUAAUAUGUACAGGUGACAUCUAUUGUACAGCGCUGUGGAAUUUGUUGGCGUUAUGUAAAUAUUAAUAUGUACAGGUGACAUCUAUUGUAGAGCGCUGUGGAAUUUGUUGGCGCUAUGUAAAUAUUAAUAUGUACAGGUGACAUCUGUUGUAGAGCGCUGUGGAAUUUGUUGGCGCUAUAUAAUUAUUAAUAUGUACAGGUGACAUCUAUUGUACAGCGCUGUGGAAUUUGUUGGCGCUAUGUAAAUAUUAAUAUGUACAGGUGACCUCUAUUGUACAGCGCUGUGGAAUUUGUUGGCGCUAUGUAAAUAUUAAUAUGUACAGGUUACAUCUAUUGUACAGCGCUGUGGAAUUUGUUGGCGCUAUGUAAAUAUUAAUAUGUACAGGUGACAUCUAUUGUAGAGCGCUGUGGAAUUUGUUGGCGCUAUGUAAAUAUUAAUAUGUACAGGUGACAUCUAUUGUACAGCGCUGUGGAAUUUGUUGGCGCUAUAUAAAUAAUAUGUACAGGCGACAUCUAUUGUACAGCGCUGUGGAAUUUGUUGGCGCUAUAUAAAUAUUAAUAUGUACAGGUGACAUCUAUUGUACAGCGCUGUGGAAUUUGGCGCUAUGUGAAUAUUAAUAUGUACAGGUGACAUCUAUUGUAGAGCGCUGUGGAAUUUGUUGGCGCUAUGUAAAUAUUAAUAUGUACAGGUGACAUCUAUUGUACAGCGCUGCGGAAUUUGUUGGUGCUAUAUAAAUAUUAAUAUGUACAGGUGACAUCUAUUGUACAGCGCUGUGGAAUUUGUUGGCGCUAUAAAAAUAUGUACAGGUGACAUCUAUUGUACAGCGCUGUGGAAUUUGUUGGCGCUAUAUAAAUAUGUACAGGUGACAUCUAUUGUACAGCGCUGUGGAAUUUGUUGGCGCUAUAUAAAUAAUAUGUACAGGUGACAUCUAUUGUACAGCGCUGUGGAAUUUGUUGGUGCUAUAUAAAUAUUAAUAUGUACAGGUGACAUCUAUUGUACAGCGCUGUGGAAUUUGUUGGCGCUAUAUAAAUAUGUACAGGUGACAUCUAUUGUACAGCGCUGUGGAAUUUGUUGGCGCUAUAUAAAUAUGUACAGGUGACAUCUAUUGUACAGCGCUGUGGAAUUUGUUGGCGCUAUAUAAAUAAUAUGUACAGGUGACAUCUAUUGUACAGCGCUGUGGAAUUUGUUGGUGCUAUAUAAAUAUUAAUAUGUACAGGUGACAUCUAUUGUACAGCGCUGUGGAAUUUGUUGGUGCUAUAUUAAUAUUAAUAAUAAUAUGUACAGGUGAUAUCGUUUUAUUCCCCCCAAAUCUAGGAUGUCAUCUCCUUAAUUCCAUUUGCAAUCAAGCUGUGUAGCUCCUCCACAGAUGGACGAAAAUACAAACCCUCUCAAUGUUAACAUAAUGACAAUAUUUUUUCAUUAGACAGUAUAUAAGAAACAAAUAAUUUUACUUAUAUUUUUUCACUGUUUGUGAAGUGAUGUUAUUUUGUAAAUAAGGCUUAUAAACUCUCAAAACAACAAAAUAAGAAUUUGUGUGAUUUUAGAGCUCAGUUUAAAUUUCAACUGUGGUGGUAAAAUUCUCCUUUCUAGGCUAUUAACAUCAUUAUCUGUUUAUCAGAAUUUGUAUGAUCAGUAAUGAAAGAUAAUAAAAUUGGUAGGAUUAAAGCAGAUUCAUUGGCCAAAUGGACCAUUUCCCCCACAUUUUAUUGAUCUCCAGAGUAGAUAUUUUUAUUAUUGAAGGUAUAUUAGGUAGUAGUUCUAACAGAUAAAUUCCAAGUGGACCCAUUUUUGGACAUUCCCACCAAAUGUGGCUAUACAAACCAGAGAAGCCACGUUACGCCAGCACCUAUCUGAACGAGUUGGGCAAAUGAGCCAAUCUGGCGGGUACUAAGUACCAUCUAGGAAUUGUAUCUAUAUCUAAUCUAGGAGUUUUAUACGAGUAAUUCAGUGGGACAAUUCCCAUAGAUUAUCUGCUGAUUAUUUCCAUUCUUCUUCUGGAAACGUACACUUUAAUCAUUGCCACAAAUUCCUGGUCACUGGCUUUAACCUCCAGGACUCUGGAUUUAGUUUUGGUCCCAUUUUAGUGGGGGCUUUGUGUAUUCUGGGCCCUUUACGAAUCAUGGAAGCCAAGGUGGCAGCAAGCUGUUGGAUUUGCAAUUUGGGGACUCAUUGGGGUGGAUUCAGUGCAGUAACAAUGUAUGAUUUCCUUGGUAUUGUAUUCAGCGAGUGUGUCUGUUCUCUGCCUCAGUGAUAGUGAUUGCAUGACUGAUCGCUAUUUAUGACUUGGCAUCUAGCAUUCAGUAGUUUCCCUCACAAAUGGCCAUUUUUCUCCUACUUCUAACUGUAGCCGAGCCACGCAUAAUGUUUAUGGCAGCCGUCUUACUUUGUGACACUAUUGCCGGCUGUGCUGUCACACUUUUUUUUAAAUUAAUUUAAGUGAGGCGCUAUAAAUCAUUAUACCAUACUUGGCGUAUACUCUACAUUAAUGUUCUAUGCCAUAUCUAUGAAACUUUAGUACAGACAAUAUGUACAAAAAAUUAACAUAAUACUAAAAUCUAAAAUCUUUCGCAAUCACAUUCACAUAUACCAGAGCCCCUUUUACCCGGCUCAGGGUUUAUACAGCUCCAAACUGAGAGGGAGUAUGUGGCAGACACCAUAUAUGUGAGUGUGAUCCCUAAAGAUUUCAGUAUUAUGUAAAAAAAAAAUUCACAGAUUGUCUGCACUAUAAGGUUUUAUGAUGUUUUACAGAUAUAUGGAAUUUGACAUUAAUACGGAAUAUAUGCUAUAAGUAGCAUGUCACUUUUAUUGGUAUAAUAAAGUGUUAUUUGAGAGUGGUGGUGUUUGCAGCAAUGUUUAAAGAUUUAGCUUACUCCAUACAAUGGUGUAUAUGUAUUCUAUAUAGUUUGGCCCAAAUCUGUUUCAUUACAUUUUUUUUCUGGGCACGUAACACAUGGUUUUGGGUUUUGUAACCAGUUUAUUAUUUUAACAUAACUGGUUCUGUUGGCGGUUCCAACUUAGUGGUUUUUGCUAUAAUUUUUUUUUUUUUUUUGUGGUGGUAACAUCUGUUGUAUUUCUUCUGCUAGAAAUGGAGGGAUUUAAUUAGCUUCACUGUAAAAAAAAAAAAAAUGUUUCCUUUCAGUUACAUUAAUGUCACAUUUCUAUAUAAUGUUAAUUUCACAUGGGCUUCAAAAGAUUAGACAGACAUGUACCACCAUCUCAUUGUCUGAUGUCAAAACCCAAAAUGGGGAUAGUGGCAAAAUAGGUGGUUAUGAAACUUCUCAGGAAUUCCACUAGAUGGUAGCAGAGUAGACUGUAGUAUUUAUGCUUUUAACCCCUUAAAUACAAGAUCCCGGUCAUUCAUAUUACUGUAGUGUAGAUGUAUACCAAAUGCUGAUUUUUGUAACAGAGCUGUCGUUUGAUCAGUAAAAUAUUACUACUUUGGAUAUAACAAAAAUCCACAUUUAUGACAACACAUGGAAUUCUUGUUUUUAUUGCAUAUUUCCAUUGUUAAAUGUACAUCAUCAUAAAAACAGUCUUUUCGUUCAGUUCUACUAAAACAUCUUGUUCAUAUUAACUAGAUUUCACUACUAGCUCAUACGUAGUUUGUGACACACACACAAUUACAAAUGAGAAAACUUUCCUUUGUUUGAAUCAUUUGAAAAAAAAAAAGUUUUAAAACAAACUCCUUUAAGCAGUGAUGGCUCUCUUUGAUGCUGUGUACAUUUGAUGAGUUGCAUUUCAAGCUGUUUCUGUAUCAUAGGCCAACGUGCGCCAUCACUGUUUUAAUGGCUACAACCCGUCAGGACUGAUCUAAACAUAUCUUUAAGUAUUUGCACCGUCCACUCUGCUAGUGGCCACAUAUUGCAAAUGCCCUGUUAGCACUACAUUGGUUUAUUGGAGAUGAAAAUGUAACAUGUAAUAAAAAGUUCACACCAACUUACUGGGAAUGUACAAACCUCUACACUUCUCCAUCCUCAAUUUAAUAUCGCAUAAACAUAGGAGGCACUUAGAAAACAAAAUUAGGGUAGAACAGUGAGCAUUUAAAUUACAUACAAAAAUCACAUUCCCUUGGAGUGUAAACAGUCUUCCUGGGAGAGAUUAAGUAAAUCUGAUUAUACCUGAAUUUGUUUUAAAUGUUUUAUUUCCGCCAUGUUUGAUAAUAAAUGCCAAGCAGGUCAGUGGUAGUACUAUACUACAUAUGAUAUGACUGAUUAAGCUCUCUCUCCCCCUGCCCCCCUUCCAUUAGAAAAUUACAAAGCAGAUUGGGUUGUACAAUUUAGAUCAAGGGUAGGCAACCUUCGGCACUCCGCAUGUUAUAGACUACAUCUCCCGUAAUGUUUACAGGCAUAACUAUGGCAAAGCAUCAGGGGAGAUUAAGUCCACAUCUGGAGUCCUGAUGGUUGCCUAUGCAUAGUUUAAAAAAUCAAUCAAGAAUUUUAAGUUAUGUUUUCAUGCCAGAUCCUCAGAAUUUAGUGCAAUUUCCACACAAAACAUUGUGUUAAAUUUGAAUGAUUCCUUUCGGUGCAAAGUAGGGUGAAGUUCGACCCUCUUACAGCAAACUUUUUGGGGUUAUUCCACAUCAAUUUAGUGAAAAUAAACACAUCUUAAAAACUCUCCUGGAGGAUUUUUAAAAAAAUGUUUCACAGUUUUUCAGAAGCACAAAAAUUUUCAGUGUGCUUCGAAACAUCUUUAGUAUUGUGAACAGCACACUCGUGUAGAAAGUCAAUAAAAAAAAUAUAAAGACUUAAUUAAAUAAAGGUUUAGUGACUUCAAGGUGCAUUAAAAUUACUAAAUGAAACGUUAGGGAAACCAGUUCUGUAUAUCAUAACGUAGGCAGUGUUGUACAUAUCAGCAGUCAUCUUAUAAAGAUCUAUCGUUGGAGAGAAAUGGAAUGUGUGUCUGAUUUGACAGAUGUGCGUAUUUAGAAAUGAACCUUAAAUAAAAUGUCCAUUUUCCAGCUGCUACCAGUGGAAUGACAUUACAUUUGCAUAUAGUUUCUGAAUGUUUAGAACACAUGACGGUGCACCCAGUGAAUGUCCUUUUGGCGAAUUUAUUGUACAAUUUAAAAAACAAAAAAAACAAACAAAACACACAACUUGGAAUAAUUGUUUAUGAAUUAAAAAUCUUCUCUACAACAGUUUAAUAGUUCAGUCUCUCUGUAGAGAGGAAAUAACAGUGUUUAUGAAAAUUAAAUAAGUUAAAAACAGUACUAACAUAUUGCAAAAGUAUUGUAUUGUCUUUUUAUUUAAGCUACACAUGGCAAGCACCAACUUGCAGUUCAUUUGAGGGAAGUUAGAUCUAUGUCCCUGAGAUGUGUGCUCACUGGUAAAAUUGUAACAGUUUACAUUGCGCGAAGAAUUGGCCGUUAACAGAGCAAUGGUAAGGGCACAGAAACAGUUGUAUCGGGGUGUUUUUUUUGUUAACCCGAACAAUGAAAAUUCUAUGAAUCGGUUAGAUUCUUACAGCAAACCCUCUAUUCUUUUUGAGUCAGCCAGUAAAAUGCUCCGGUAUAAAAAAUAUUUUUAAUUUAUUUUUAUUUUAAAUUUCUAUACAGCAAUGAGCAAUCUUUUUUUAAAAUGUUAAUAAAUCUGAUUUCUACCUCUAACCGAAACCUUCUAAAAGAUCAAGUGUCAAUUGUGUAGAAACCCUGGAGCACAGAUUAACGCGUUCAGUAGUAGUGAGAUGAUGUUUGGAGUUAUGGGUUUUAGUGCAGUCUCUGAGAGGGUACUAUUGGUCCUAUAAGCUACAGGCGGAUGUCAUGACAAGCAGUUGGGCAUGAAUAUAGCCCUGUCAUAUUCAGGAAGGGUUUAACAUUUUGGAAGAUGCUACCACACCAGAUAUUUUUGGUAAUGUUAUCUAAAUCACCAUUUCUCGGUUCCAGAAUACAAUAAAAAAAUGGAAUAUUUAAGGAAUGAUUUUGCUUUUAUUCUGGAGAACAUGGUUUGUGCUUUUGCACUAAAUUAAAGGGGGGGAGAGGGAUCUUCCACUAUAGGAAGAACCCACACUCAAAAAACCCAACUUAACAGUCGGUAUGUAUACAUGUGUCCACAUCUAUACACAUAUAUACAUAAUACUGCAAUAAUAACACAUUUUAUAUGUGCAUGAACUCUUCCAAACUAUAUACAUAUGUGUGCAUAAAUAUACUUUAUGCACAUACAUAUGCACACACAUUAUAUUACAUAAAGUACAUAUAUACAAACAUCUUCCCACUCCCCCAUAAAACCCCGUGGUUACAGUAACGGAUCCCAAGGCAGUGUGAUGGAAAGUGAGGACAAGUUCUAUAGAGUCUGUUAGAAGUCUAUAAGGGCGGGUUCUGAUAGCAGAUCAAUAAUUCAGUUUGGUCACAGGUCGCUCCCGGCUGCUCUCUGUAGUUUGGCUGAUUAUGCGCUUGCGGUUCCGUUUUAAUUUGGAAAGAUCCUUAUCAAAGACUUCGCCUGAACGUAAAGCUGAAACCAAGUCGUCAAACUCUCCCUCUUCCUCGCCGUUUUCCUUCGCCUUCCUCGCUUUACGUUCACGAUCACGUUGCUCCUUAAGCUGAAAGAAAAAGAAAAAAAAAAUAGCAGUAGGUCACACACCGCAACAGAAGAAUAUUUGAUCUAAGCAUGUUAACCUCUACACAGAAUCUAUUGGUGACACUCCAGGCACCAUGACUACUAUGGAGAGCUGUAGUUGUUAUGGUGGCAGAAACACAGUGGCGCCUAUUGUAAGCAGUGAAACGGUCUUAGUACAGUUUGACUUCUUAUCUGGGGUCGGUGGUGCUGCUCCCACCUCCACUACAGUUACACGGGAGCCCCAGAAGCUGUUCUUAAAAGGUACACUACACUGUUAGGAAUAUAAAUAAUGUGUUUUGAUUGCUAGCGGCGUUGUACUAUUUCUUGAAGAUAAUUUUCUAUACACUUUUUGCCAAGAUAUCACAUUGCCUUCUAUAUACGGGUGAUAUUUGAUUUAAUUGCUGUAUUUGAUUUUUCCUGUUUAUUCAAUGAUUGGGGCAGUGUUUUGUAUGUUCUCUGACAGACUUUGUCUAUUUCCGGUGCUGGUGGCAUUGCACACUUUCAGAGGUUUUCACUAAAGCGUGAACGGUUCGGAAUUCAAAGUGACUUUAAAAUUUUACUUAAAAUAGCAGAAUUGAAGGGAAAAAACAAAGUUCUCCAAGCUAUGUAUUCAGUUUGGCUGUUCUGCCUUAAAUUUCACUUUGAAUUCUCACAAUUUUACACGUUAGUAAAUAGCCUCUUUAGGUCUGUUUUAGAACAAACAUGAAGAUAGGACACUUUUCCGGUGAAGCACUUUGGCCAUUCUGACAUCUGUGUAAUAAAUAAUACUGCACGGAUAUAUUGGAAGGAUGUAAAGUUGGCUCUGUCACUUCUGAGUAUUUGAUAACACAUUCUUUAGGAAAUUCCAACAUAAAAUAGGGACUACGUUGUCUCAUGGCAAGCCUCAGGUUGACAAAAGGCAGAGUUCUGCUGUCCUCUUUUGUCCAAUCCCAGCAGUGGGAACCAGACAAGGUCUCGCUCAGCGCUAAACAUAAUCUAUGGAGGAUUCCACAGUUUUGAGAUCCGCCAUAGACUUCAGUGUUGUAUUCUUAUGCAUGCGCGAGAGUACAGCACUUAUGUGGCUCCUGGCAGAUGAAGACCACCUACCUUCCAUUACACUGCACGGCCACCUGGCCGUAAGAGGAGAUGUCACCUUCGGGGGUCUUUGCAAAAUACACAAGGAAUCCUGAAGGUGAAAGAUCCACACAUACCUGUUCUUGGUUAGAGCACUUAUAAACUUGUAAAUGUAAACUAGAAGGGCCCCACCUUGUACAAUUCAAGCAAAGGCACACAAGUGGUUAUAUAACAUUGAACUUGCAUGAUUUGUACUACGUGUGCACUGUCGCUCUCUGUAAUACAAUAUAUAGCAAAGAAACAAUAACCGGUUGUGUCUGGUGGAGCCUAAUUCUUGCAGUGAAUCAAAUACAACAAACAGUAACAAAUAUUCCAAUCCUGGGUAUAUUUAUCUUGUAGAUUGGGGAAGAAAGUCUGUCUUUUUCCAGGUGCUGGAGUUAUAUCCAGGAGUACAUGUCAAGAAAAGAGAAAAUCUAACAGUGCGAUAUGUCUUGUAGGUGGGAUACACACAACACCCAACUUUGUGAUUGCCAAGUCUAUAUACCGGAUCUUGUCUUAAGCUCCAUUCCGUGUUCGACAGUCACAAAGUUGUAUGUUGUGUGUGUCUCACUGACAAGACAUAUUCUUAUGUAUUCCUGGAUAUACCUCCAGCAGUUAGAAGAAGCCAGGCUUUCUUCCCCAAACUACAUGAUAAAUAUACCCAGGACUUUACUGUAAUAUGUUACUGACUUACUGUAAUAACUAGUCGCUAUCUGAUUUGUUUCUUUGUUCCCUGUCACUUUUUGGGGCCUUUGCAGGAGCCCCUUUCUCAGGGUUUGCUCAGUUAUUUAGAAUUUAGAAAAUAUAAUUUAAUUUUUUUAUAGUCUAUAUCUCUGCAUAUCAUCUCAAAACGGCUCAUGAUGAUUGUGUGUUAGCUCCAGUAUGUGGUGACUAAAGAUCACAUGAACUGAACAUCUGAUACGGGUCUUGUAUCCGUUUCAGACGCACUCGAUCUUCACUCUAAUCGGCUAUGACUUCACCAUGCUAAAAUUGGUUUCCUUUUUUCUCAGAAGUGUUUGGUUAGAGGGCUCCCAUGACAACACGAGUUACAAAUUCUCUAAAUAACUGUAUUCUAGAGCUGUGGUUCCCAAGUACUACAGACUCGGAUUUAACAAUGAAAAAUUAGAGGAAAAAAGCAUUAUAUAUAUAUUAGUGCCGAGGUCACAGACCAGGACUAAACCUAAAAUUGUUUGAAGAUGGAACAGGACGAUUGCACUGUAAUUAAGUAUUCCAUUUUGACCUUGAACUAGGAUAAAUAGGGUUUAGUUUGAACGUUACUACAUUUACCCUCCUCCCUCCCAAUCGUACAAUUUAUCAUUUAGGCAGCCUCAGAUUAAAGCCUGAUGGUGAGCUACAUCUUGGCUACAAAGUAAUAUGGUUUAAGGGUUUUUUGCUUAUUUAUUCAAAAUAGUGGUUACACUUUUUAAUUCACAGCACUUGAUCUUUCUGAUCUACCUUUUCUAAAUCAUGUGAAGGGAUAAAGUACCAGGUUGGAGUGUCCUAGGUUUGUAGAAUCUCUGAAUAUUUUUCUGUUUGUUCUAGGAUUUAACAAUUACUCUGUUGUGUUCCCAUGUGGAAACAAUGCAAUUUUUUGGUUAUGGGGACUUGCUUGAGACACUAAAUAUAGCAGAGAUUACAUGAUACCACUAGUGAGACCAGUGGGGAGCUGGUAUAUAAACAUGUUACGGGAUGAGCAAUUUGAGGAUUGUAAAAGUAACUGUGUGAUCCAGCUUUAGCACUGUUCUCUUAUAGCGGAUUCAGUUUGUGUGUUUAGAUUUAUAAAUUUGAUGUUUCAUGUUUGUAUUGCCUUAUUACACCAUGAAAUGUAUUCAUUUAUUUCUAAGCAUAUUGCAAUAUUGGCUGUGUGCUCCAAUUCUAUAUGAUGAGAAAGGAAAAUGAUAGCUGCAGAUGGAAGUUAGACACAACAAGGGGAAGGUAGGUAAUAUGGGCAUAACCCAAACAAGUAGUGAUGGUGGAACCCCUCAGACUCCCCUUCACUAGAAUUACCACCAAUUAAAAGAUCAUUCUAGAUAAGAAGAUAAUUUGAAACACUUUUAGUAGAAAAAUGGUUUCCAAACAUACACAAGACAGCAAGAGCUGCAAAGAAAAAAAGUGCGGUAUAAAAAGAUUGGGGAAACCAAGUGUAAUCUGAAAUGGACAAAUCCUAAUACUUGGAGUAGAUGUUAAACUGGAUCUAAAAUACAUAACCAUGUAGCAGGAAAUUACUAAUUAGAACAAAGAUCCAUUUAAUCAGUCGGAUAGAUCCUUGAAUAAUGUGGGGACUGGGGAGCAGUAUUCAGGGUCAGCACAUGGAUUUACCUGAACCAUAGAGGAAACUAUACCUCCAAUCUUAAUCCUUAUUUAUUUGGUCAGCACUUAUGUUGACCUGUGGCAACACAUAGGGAGCUUUAAUAGUGGUAUAAUAUAUUUUUUCAACUAUCCACAAGCUACCUCUGUUUUAUUCCAUGGGUUCUACCACUUGGUAAUGAUAUAUUGAACAAACUUUAUUUUAAAAUUCUCCAAUAAGAGGGAUCAUCUGCAUUUUUGUGGUGUGUGUAUGAACAUAUUUAGAACUCUGUAUGCGUUUGCAAAGUAUUACAAUAGGGUUUCUUUUCAUUCUCGCACCCACUAGGUUUUGAUCACCCCAUUAUCAUAUAUAUUUUUAUCUCAGUCAUGCUCUUUCCUCUAUGGUUCAGGUAAAUCCAUGUGCUGACCCUGAAUACUGCUCCCCAGUCCCCACAUUAUUCAAGGAUCUAUCCGACUGAUUAAAUGGAUCUUUGUUCUAAUUAGUAAUUUCCUGCUACAUGGUUAUGUAUUUUUAGAUCCAGUUUAACAUUACAUGCUACCAGUGAAGAUCAGUGAGACACUUUGUGCCCUAUCUAUUCCAAGUAUUCGGAUUACAUUUGGUUUCCCCAAUCUUUUUAUAUCGCACAUUUCACACCUAAACCACUUUUUUCUUUGCAGCUCUUGCUGUCUUGUGUAUGUUUGUAAACCAUUUUUCUAAUAAAACUGUUUCAAAUUAUCUUCUAAUCUAGAAUGAUCUUUUAAUUGGUGGUAAUUUUAGUGAAGGGAAGUCCGAGGGGUUCCACCAUCACUACUUGUUUGCUUUAUAAGCUGUUUUCAUUAUUUGGCUGUAAUUAUAGGCACACAGUUUGGCACCCUCUCUGUUUGUUUAGCAGGGCUGCCCAACAGGUAGAUCCCCAGAUUUUGGGGAACUACACCUCCCAUGAUACUUUGUCAUUCUAAAGGCAUGCAAAGCAUCAAAGGAGGUGUAGUUCCCCAACAUCUGGGGAUCUACCUGUUGAGUGGGCAGCCCUGGUUUAUAGUACCUGUGCCACAGACAGUGAAAUGGCAACAGGAGGUCAAUGUGCGGCUGAAGUCAUGGUGUACGGAGUGCUAGGCGGUCAAGCAGCACAUGGGAAGAGGAGACUCCCAAUGUUACAAUAUGUAUCGAGUUCAGGAAUUGAUUGGUGAGACCGCCAGAGAAAAUGGCUGUACAUUGUUUAGGAAGGGAGAGGGAUGAAUGAAAUCCUAGUACUAACCUGUGCUUCCAUACGCGCUCUGCGUUCUUCCUCUUCCUUUCGUUUUCUGAUGUUUUCAUUCUCCUGUUUCGCUUCAGAAAGUGCCUGAAGAAACUGAUCAAACAUUCCAAAAAACUCAUCUGGCUGCAUUUUGUUGGCUUCCUCUCCAAAAUGUUUGGCCGACUUCACAAACUGAAAUGACAGGACAGGAAAUGUUAAAUUACCGCAGAUUUCCAUCACAAUCUGACCGUUCUCAGUACGAUUUUAAAAAGGUUUCCCUAUAUCAUAUUCAAAUGGCAAUAUUAAUAUUGUACAGUGCGUGAACGUAUUUUGGAGAUGUUCUGACCCUGUCGCCCAGCCAUCAUUACUUGGCCCUUGUCAAAGUCAGAUUUUAUUUUUAACUUGCCCAUUUUUCCUGCUUCCAACACAUGAAAUUUAAAAAUUGACUGACUGUUCACUUGUUGCCCGUUUAACAAUAUAAUCACUGUUAUUCACUUUACCUGUCUGGUUUUUUUUAUGCUGUGAUUUGUGAAUAUACAUUGUGUGUAAACAAAACCAUAAUGGAAGUGGAGAUUUUGUGUAAAAUUAAAGAUUUUCAACAUAUUACUUCUCAAUGAAAAGAUAAAAACAGAACAAAUGGUAAAUAUGAAAACCCAUGUGUUAGUCAUCUAGCUUUCUCCUUGCACUUAGAGUGGCCGCUAGCAGUCCCCUGCUUUGUAGUGCUAUUACCCCAGCUGGAGCUGAGACCCAUUUUUACUUAAUUGUAAUAAGCAAUAACUCAAUUUUAAAGGUCAUUUCUUUCUAGUGAUCCUUAGGAAGUAGCUGACAUGUGUCCGCCAAUCCUAGCAAGCAAUUAAACAUAAUAAGAGGGUAUAGUCGCAUUUUUAGUUUAGGAUGGGUAUAGGACAUUUCUGACAAUCGUCAUCAAUAACGAGAAUGGGCUCCUUUCACUAUAACCAACGCUAUGAGCAAUAUUUCUCAAAACCUCCGGUAGGAAGUCCAGGUCACCACCUGCUAAAAAUGAGUAAAUCGUUUAUUUUUUUCAUACUAAAAAAAUAUUACUAAUCCUAUAAAAUACGACCCCAGGAAAUCAAUAUCUUUUUACAUACUUAACCAAGCACAUUAAAGAAAUCCACAUCUGCUAAGAGACCAGCACUUCGGCCAAUUUCUGACUUUUCCCUUUUUAUGCCCUUUUCCUGGUAAGUGGCCUGAAUCUGGUUUAAUCAUUGAAACACGGGUGCUGGUUAACCACUUCCUACUCUUUCAUCUAUUUAGGAUCAGGAAAAGCAAAGGGUUAGCUUCUACACAUAAAAUUUAUAGUUUGCACCACAGGAGUUAUGAAACUUACUCCAAACCUCACUUUGAAGUUGUUUUGUUCUCCGUUACAACCAUAUGUUUUUUAUAUUAAAACCAAAUGUGUGCUAGGCAGCCAGGCCAAUGAAAUGCGUUUAACAGGGGCAUCUGUAAAGAGACGCUCUCAGUUGCAGAACUGCAUUAUGUAACUUUUUUGUUGUUGUUUUUUCUAUAUAAUUUUAUGAGGAUUGUCAGUUUAUGUUGUGGUUAUCGUAUGUGGUUGUGUAACAAACUUAGGCCAUUUUUAAGACAUCCCUUUAAAAAGAACAUUCCGAGCACCAGAACCAUUACAACCUGUUGUAGUAGUUUUGGUGCCAAGAGUGCCCUCCCAUUGUAAGUUGUCAAACUAUUUGACGACUAGUCUGGGUUUCACUGACGCACACUGCCAUGGAGUCUGGUCCUACUUAGGACAUUGGAGCCAACCAGAUUCUCAGAUUCUCCUGCAAAUAAAAUAUGUAAAUAUUGCCUGCGGCCACCUGUCUAGACUCAGGUAAGUUGUGAAAACAUUCUAAAACAGUUUGACAAAUGAUACUGGUGCCAUGACCACUUCAGUGGUUGUGGUGCUUAGAAUGUUCCUUUAAAUAAUGGUCAGACUUACCUUUUAACCCCUUAAGGACCAAACUUCUGGAAUAAAAGGGAAUCAUGACAUGUGUCCUUAAGGGGUUAAUCCACCAUAGAGAGACUCCUCUGUGUUGCCUCAUAUCUGUCUACUAUGAAGUCAACAAGCUUGAUGACAUUUUCCCAAUUAUGUUUCUCAUAAAUGAUCACUGAGGGGACACAGUGCAAACUUAGCUAAUGAUGCGCUAAACUAAUCCAUUGCCUCUCUGAGAAGCAUUGAAUGUACACUUGGUGUCUGGAGCCUGCACACUCUAUGUACUGACAGCUGGUGUAAAAUAGAUACAAUUCUUGAAUAAAUGUUAGUUCAACGACUCUAGUAGCUGUUUGAUUGACCGCCACUGGGGGUGUGGUCAUUACGAAAUGGCAAGGCUACAGGGCAAAAUCUGUUCUCACUUCAUAAUUUUAUUAAAGGAAACAUAGAAACAUAGAAUGUAACGGCAGAUAAGAACCAUUCGGCCCAUCUAGUCUGCCCAAUUUUCCAAAAUAAUUUUUAAUAAUUAGUCUCUUAUAUCUAAGAUAGCCUUAUAUCUAUCCCACGCAUCAAAAGCUCUACAGUGUGUUGUAGUAGUUAUGGUGUCAGGAGUGUCCUAGCUUCCAGAGUGAAUUUAUCAAACCAUUUUAGAAUGGUUUAACAUCUUAGCUGUGGCCAUAGCCCUGUUUCCCGAUUCUCCAGUUCGCUAAUCAGUACCAUGCUCAUUUAAUGGGCAGUCCUGUAUUGGCCCUGCUUAGCUCUGUUAAAACAGCUGUAUUCUCCUGCAGUGAAUAAUACGCCAGCAGGGGCAGCCUCUGGUAUUCAAGUUGAAAACAUUCAAAGUUUAGGCUUAAAUAGCGGAUCUGAAAUGGAUUUAGUAUGCCUGAAACACUGCCUGUUUCUGUGCCUUUCACACUAGUUAUUGCUAGAUGCUCACGGUGGAUGUAUUCUGAGAUUUAUAUAUGAAACAGAGUGAUCAGAUAACUGGCUUGGAACAGUUUGCACUACUCCAAGUAACACACGUUGGCUGAAAUCUCAUUUUAGUGAGUAAACUACUACUGUGUGGAAAAAAAACGACGGUUUGUUUUUAAAAUCCAUUUUAAAAGAAUACGAAUGAUAUGACAUGUGCGUAUCCCCCAUCCCCUUUAUAUUCCAGUGAAGUCAUCAUCCUAGAUAACUUUUUGUCCAAUCAAAUGCGUUCCAUUCUGAGAAGCAUUAAUUGCUACAGCUACACACAUUCAUGGCAUUUUGUCUGCAUAUUGUCCUUGAUUAUAAAUCUAUUUAUUUUAAUUUCUGAAAAUAAAUGUCUGGUGAAACAAUGCAAUUCUGAAAUAGACUGAUUUGUGUCAUGUACUAGUUUUAUCACUAUAUUUUACCUGCUCGGUUCCUGUCUGGAAUUCGCUAAAUUACACAUAACUGGAAACUGGAUUUUGAUACUUUGUGUGAUGGUCUACUCACCAGGUCUUUGGAUUCAGUGAGCAGGUCCUCCACGUCGGAGAAGCUGAACCCAGCUACAGUAAUGAACUGACUGACAACAGACACAAAUUUAUCUCCUGGCUGGGACGACUGGUUCUUCUGGAAAUCCAGCUCCUGGAAAAUACGUUUCUUUAAUUAAAUCUGAAACCACUAGUAUUAGAACAAACACAUACAGGCUGGCAACAGAAUGUUUCUGAAUUUAUAAUAAUAAAACUCCAUAUUUUACAUUUCUGAGUGCCCAUUCGUAGGAUGGGAAUAAUGCUCAGUCCUUCAUGUUAUAGCUAGUAAACACCCAUCAGAGGCCAGGCACAGUAUGGACAUGGCAGCAAACUGUCCUCGCACCCAUCACAUGUAGGCUCCGUUGUUUACAUUCCUACAGCCAGUGGUAACACGCUUACUUAUAAAAAUGAGAAUUAUGGAGAACAAGGAAUUCUAAAUUUAAAAAUACAGGUAGUCACUUACCGACCGGGUUACGUUCCUACGACCCGGUCGUAAAAGGAAUUGGUCGGUAAGUGAGGAGUUAAGAGAUUCCCUGCUCUGGUGCGCUUUUCUGUCUAUGUUCUGUGAAAUUUCCCCAAAUAUAAAGGCAACAGAUCAGGGAAACCCUCUAAUUCCCACAACGGCUCGCACUUACCAGCCUGGGAGAGAGCUGGUCUUAAGUUUGAGCCAUUGUAAAACAGGUCGCAAAACGAGAAUCACCUGUAGAACAGAGUUGGAUAAUGUUUAAAUUUUAACACAAAGAAAACAGAUAACCCAGGUGGAACAAACCACUAUAGGUGUCUCUUAGUGGAGCGCUAAGAAAGGCAAACUUAUCUCUUUAUACAAUAAUAUAAUUCCUAUAUGAUAAAGAGAGAUACACAAUGGUGAAGUAUAUCAAGGUCCAGUAACAUAAAUGAGAAGAUAGUAGGGACCAAACUCACAUGGUUAAGAGCCACAUACGGAUAGGCUCAAAUCACUUCAGCAUCGGUAUAUUAAGGUAAAACCAAAACCUUCUUAUGGUGUCCGGUCAGUAUCCUCACCAAAAAAGAGAUUAAAUUGCAAUUACUUCAUAUUAUACGGGUAUUUGCAAUUUAAUCUCUUGAUAAUACUGCACACAGAAGUUCUCUCUUGUCUUUCUUCCUUUUUUGGUGAGGAUACUGACCGGACACCAUAAGAAGGUUUUGGUAUUACCUUUAAUAUACCAAUGCUGAAGUGAUUUGAGCCUAUCCGUAUGUGGCUCUUAACCAUGUGAGUGUGGUCCCUACUAUCUUCUCAUUUAUGUUACUGGACCUUGAUAUACUUCACGAUUGUGAAUCUCUCUUUAUCAUAUAGGAAUUAUAUUAUUGUAUAAAGAGAUAAGUUUGCCUUUCUUAGCGCUCCUCUAAGAGACACCUAUAGUGGUUUGUUCCACGUGGGUUAUCUGUUUUCUUUGUAUUCUACUUUGUGUGUAAAAUUUGGGGGUAUUUACACGUGUGUGAGCUGCUCUUUUUUUCACCUGCAUCCAUUGUCUGGUUUAUCUACCAAGCGCCUUCUAUACACAGAGCACUUUCUGUAUUGGUUAAUGUUUAAAUUAUGUCCAAGAAUUCCACCCGACACUUUAUGCAUUAGUGAAUAUCACUGUGUGGCUAUGUAGUAGCCCCUCUAAAAACACACUUGAAUCCUAGGGGCUAUUUUAUAGCCGAUACAACAUACUUAAAAGGUACACUCCAGGCUCCAUAAUAACUUAAUUAACAUUAAGUUGUUAUGGUGUCCAAAGGUCCCUGGCGCUGGCUUAAUUUUUAGGGUUCAUAAAAAUGGCUAGAAAAAAAACCUGAUGAUUAAAGGUAAAAAGGAAUUUUUAUUAACCAACUCUUGAUUGAGUCAAUAUUAGUUUUGAGAUUGUUAAAGACACUCUGUUUGCCAUAAAAACAUAAUCAAAAUCUAGUUGUUAUGGUGCCCAAAGGUCCCUGGCGCUGGCUUACUUUUUAGGGUUCAUAAAAAUGGCUAGAAAAAAACAUGUUUCUCAAGCCGUUUUGCGAAUGGGGAGUCAUUGAGUCAGCUGACUGCUCUAGGCCAAUUAGCGACGUCUCUGCGCACAGCACUUCUAGGCUUCCAUUUUCACACUUUCCAGAAAGAGAACUUUGGUUGCUACAGAGGGAGCUGAAGAGGGAGACCUUGGUGGUUACACUAUUCUGAAACCCUAAAAGGUAAGCCAGCACCAGAGACCUUCUGGUACCAUAACAACUAGAUUUUGAUUAUGUCUUUAACAAUCUCAAAACUAAUAUUGACUCAAUCAAGAGUUGGUUAAUAAAAAUUCAUUUUUACCUUUAAUCAUCAGUCCAAGAAAACAGUCCUUUUAAUGAUUGUUACUUAGUAAAAAGGUCCCAAUAAUAAAGUUAUAAGGAGUCUUGGAAGGACAAAAAUGUAUUCCAAAGUUUUAAAACAUGUUCUACAACCCACACUAGUUUACUAACAUAUAAAAACAAUGAAAAUAUUAAACCAUAUGUACUGCUACAUUCAUCAGUUCCACAGGUAUACCCAGCUCGCAGUAUACUGCAUCACAUACUUAUACAAAAAAGUCACCUUAAUUGGAGGUAGAGGUUCGUAAAAGUUCCUUCUGUAUGCAAUUAAAAUAGCUUGUGUAGUUUAGGACCCGAGUUUCCUGUAAUCCGCUUGGAUCCCAUUGAAAUAAUAAUAUCCGUCGACGUCUCUCAGAUAGCGCGCUCUGUAUUGUCGGGUGACAAUGUUCACUUCAAAAGCUAUCGAAGAGACGUCGAAGUCGACUGAUACUGUUAUUUCAAUGGGAUCCAAGCGGAUUACAGGAAACUCUGGUCCUAAACUACACAAGCUAUUUUAAUUGCAUACAGAAGGAACUUUUAUGAACUUCUACCUCCAUCUACUAUUAAUGAUUGAUAUUUGGUCUUUACUGAAGGAAGCUGGUGUACUUACACUCUCCACGGCCUUUAAUCCAGUUCUAAGCGUGCUAAUUUCUUUAUCCAGUUCAGUCAUACUGAGGGUAAUAAGACAGCGUUAAUGUACGUUGACCCACAAAGAACUCAGUUAACAGCUAUUUAAAGGAACAGUCCAAGUGGUUAUGGUGUCAGAUGUGCCCUGGCACUGCUCAUCUCCACUAACUCUGACAGAGAGAUGGAAGUGUAUGUAUCCUCUCCUGUACUAAUCUCUGCAGUGCAGGGACAGUUUAAAAUAUCUGGUUCUGUGUUGGAAGUAGUGGAGGCAGGGAAUGACACUUUGCAAAUCCUAGGUAAGAAGUCAAACUGUUCUCAUACUGUUAGACUACAUAACAUGGGAGUUGGUGGUUGCCCGGACACUGGUAAAUAUACCCACUACUGUGCACUGUAGUGGUUAUGGUACAUGGAAUGUUCCUUUAACAUGCCUCCCAACAUUUCAAAUAGACAAAAAAAACCACACCUUAAUUUUAGUUUAAAGACACAUUACUGGGAGUAUUAUAGCUGUGGAGCUCUGUUAUACACUCAGAGCCCCACAGUGAGAAUACUCCCAGUAAUGUGUCUGUUAUACACUCACUCAGACACAUUACUGGGAGUAUUAUUGCUGUGGAGCUCUGUUAUACAUUCACACCAACAAUAUAGAGCUCCUUUUAAAUAGGGACACUUGGGAGGUAUGCUUUAAGUAGAAAACAGAACUUCCAAGGUGUUAUUUUUGUUUUAUGGAUAUAAUCAGAUUAUUGAAAACUUACUUUACUUUUGCGGCUUCAGGGAUGCUUUUUAACUCUUCGUGCAAAUUUAAGAUUUUAGGAUACUUCUUCUCAACAACCGUUAUGAGAUAAUGCAACAGGGUGAUGUUUCUAUAGAGGAAACCGUAUAGAUCAGUGUUACAAGAACGAAUGAUAUUGAUACCUUCGGAAUCAACGGCUGCAAAUUGAUAGAAUGAUUGUGUUUGCAUGGCGGUAUCUCUGGUUAAUGACCACACUCAGGGUGUAGUAGUCCACCAACCAACCUGCUAAUCUAGAAACAUUACACCGGUAUUAAAAUAUCAUGAUGUAAAAAUUAACCAGUUAACACUGAUAUCAAGGGACAAUUUAUUAGAAAAGAAAAGCCAUAGAUUCUCUUCCUGCAGUUUUUCCAAGCUGCCACCCGGGUAGCGGGUCAGGUGGGGUUUGUACUCUUAUAGCAGUAUGAUCGUGUACAAUCCAGGUCUACUGACCCACCUUGUUACACACAGAAGGAGAAAUCGAUGCCUCUGCCAUCAUUCAUAACUUACAAUGUGUGAUAACGCAGCACAGAAAAUAGACCAGGAAUCUUGAAGGAAAUGAAUGGAUAUCGUAGAUAAUAUUCUGUAAGCAAUAACCCCGCUAACGUUUAUAGAGAGGAAUUCUGUCGUUUUAUUGUGCUUGGAAAGGCAUCCUAAAUUUGCUGUGUUAGCAGUCUGAUCACGAACACAGACUCCCAUUAACCAGAGAUACACAUGGAUCAUCACAUAGGGCGUUACACUAAGUAAAAUGCGUGACGUCUACAGGGAUUACUAACAGAUGGUGAAAAUUACAAUCAGGAAUGAAGAAUUGUGAGAAUUGUCCUCAGUGUUCUAUAAACCAGAGUAAACACCUCUCUCUCACAACCUGGGAUCAGCAAACAGAGUUUGUCACUAAAGUGAGAAUUUGUGGUCAAAGUUCCCGAUCUGGAACAACUCUCUGUCCUCUAAGGUUCCACUUCAGAUAUUAUGUAAUUCACUUUGAAAUCUCAUUUUAGUAAAUAACUCUCUAAAUGUGUUAACGUGGAGCUGCUGAAUUUACUUGUAAUGAGCUGCUUAGGCCUUUCCUUACUUAAAACAACGGGGAUUUAAUUGGCGAAUUUCCACAAUCCCUUCUCCAGUGGAGCAGAGAGUUUAGGCUGAUUUAACUUCUGGUUUAGCACCAAUCCCCUCUGUAUAAAGGUCAGCAAUCAGAAGAUGCCCCUUGUUACAUCACUUAAUGACUUACUUGUCAAUGCUGGAUUUCGUGUCUGCAAUCUUGUUUAAGCUGGAGAUUUUAAACCCAUAGGCAUUCCCUCUCUGGCCUUUGUUCAUGUAGUUUCCAAAGGCAAGGACCACCUCUAAGAAUUGCUUUAGGCUCUUACUGUGCAGAACUUCCUUUGAGGCCGAACGAAUUGCUGUUUAAAACAAAAAGCACAUGGCUUAUGUCAGUACCCCAGCCAGACAAUCACACGGACUUCACAUGAUUUCAACGAGAUAACAUGUCAGUCUUUGCUUUUUUUUUUUGGUACAGUUAAGAUUCUGGGAGUACGUGGCCCACUUCCCUGGUAAUGGGGCAAACCGUUUACUACUGGUUUGCCCUCUUACCUGGGUCUCUGAAGGACCUCUCCUCAGUGACACGCUGCUGCGGAAGCCAAUACGUUAGUCAGCCAAUGAAUGGCAUUAGCAAGCCCAGAGACUGGGCUCUGGCAGUCAAUGGGUUAAACUCUGUAUGUGCAACGUUCACAGCGAAAGGCUGCACAUACAGGCUCCAGGUACCAUAACCACUUCAAAUAACUUAAGUGGUCAUAGUGCUCUAGUAACCCUUUAAAAUUUGACAAUGUUCUUUAUCACGGCAAGUAACAAAGCAAUGCAUUGAAACACUCUGGAUCAUUUGUCUGAAAUCUAUCUAGAAUAGUCUUUCUGUAUGUGUGGCAUGGGCACCGACCCCCAAUGCCAAGUGUCACGCUCGUAUUGCAAUAUUUGUGGACGUUUCUUAUAAAAUGCUGUCAUGCAUGUUGUUUUUAUAGCUUAGUAAUUUGUUCUAUGUUUAGGGGUUACAGAGAAUAUAAUACAUCCUGCCCAAGGGUUUAUAAUCCAAUGUUUGAUUAGAUGGACACAUUCUACCUCUUCUCUAAGAAUCCAAUUUUAUAACAGACACAGAAAUGGCUUUACCUUCCACCUUUGGUUUUACUUCAGCAACUCUUUCAGCAAACUUCUUUUUGAAGUAUAGGGACUGCAACCUCUGCUGAUAAUGAUUAAUCCUAAAAAAUACAAAUUGUAAAGUCAUUGCUUAGUACAGUGCAUCCCAGCGGUCUGGGAGAGAAUAGUUUCCAAAGCAGUCCUACAUCUUAUUUCCACAAUCAUAGUCUAUUUACCGGAGAGAAAGGCAGGCAUACCUUCAAACUGUGUGUUGCCCAAGGGUUUCCUCUGAACACCAUAACCACUUCAAUGGUUUGACGUGGUUAUGGUGCCUGGAUUCUGUAAGUGCAGCUUUCACUAUCAAAUGCUGCACAUACAGAGUUUGACCCCUUGGCUGCUGGUGGUCUAACUCCAUCUCUGGCAACGUCAUAGGGGCAGUCUUAGAUACCCAGGAACAAGAGUUCUGUGCUGCUAAUGUCAAUUCUGCGCAAAUGGUUUUGCAUAGUGUGCCAUUCAUUGGCUGAGAGCGGUCAGCUGACACUUUCACCCAAAGAAUGACGACUGAAUCUGUUUCUGGAAGUGCGUCAUCAAGGACGUGAAAUAGGCUCGGGACCCAGAUAAGAGGGCAAAAUGUUACUAAGUGGUUUGUUCCUUAAUCUGGGAUACAGGCCAGAGUACUUCUGGCACCAUAACCACUACAACGGGCCGACAGUAAUCCCAACUUGAAAGUUAUUGACUAUUCUUUAAAGACACAUUUAAGGACAGCAUUUAGCUUAUUACAACUAUGAAGUCAAUGUCAUUAAACAAUUACAAAUAGAAAUAAAUUAAAGGGACACAAUAGUCACCAGAACAACUACAGCUUAUUGAAUUUGUUCUGGUGAGUAGAAUCAUUACCUUCAGGCUUUUUGCUGUAAACACUGUCUUUUCAGAGAAAAUGCAGUGUUUACAUUGCAGCCUAGUGAUAACUUCACUGGCCACUCCUUAGAUGGCUGUCAGAGAUCCUUCCUGGGUCAUGGCUGCCUAAAAUGCAUCCAAACAUUCAGUAUAUCCACCCUCUGCAUGCAGACACUGAACUUUCCUCAUAGAGAUUCAUUGAUUCAAUUCAUCUCUAUGAGGAGAUGCUGAUUGGCCAGGGCUGUGUUUGAAUCAUCCUGAUCUGCCUCCUUGUCAGUCUCAUUCAAUCCUAUGGGGAAGCAUUGUGAUUGGAUCAGGCUACCACUUCUGAUGAUGUCAGCAGACUGCUUGUUUUUUUAGUUUUUUCCAGUAAGAUUUCUAUAUUUAUGGAGGCAUGAGAGGCCCAGGGGGGCUAGAUGGUGGUUGUAACCCUAUAGGGUCAGGAAUACAUGUUUGUGUUCCUGACCCUACAGUGAUCCUUUAAAGUAAAGUAAUAAUCGUGAGAGAAAUACACAGGUCAGUUUAGAUCUAAAUUUGCUUUUAAAAUACUUUAAGCACUAUAACUACUUCAUUGAAGGAGUGGAGACCUGAUGAGACCCAUUCUCAGAUUCAAAAUCUUGUGAUAUUGUUAUAAGGUGCCUACUACUAAGCAAUCAGCACUAUCGUUCAAUGUUGCAGACUGCGCUAAUUUCUGUAUUUCACUUCGGGAUAACAAGUCAGUCUCUCAGUUGGUGAAAGGUGUAUCCACAGUCUAAUCUAUUCAAAUGAUGUAACUGGUUGGACCUCAGAACUAGCAAAGCAGUAGGAAAACGCUCUAGUAUUUCAUACCUGCUCAUCUCAAACAGAAAUCUGUCCGCUUUGGCCAUGCGAUCUAGCGCAUGUUUGUGCUCUUCCAGUAAAUCGAUGUCACUCUUUUCUGGAAUAAAUUUCAACAGCUGGAGAAAGAAGAUUAAAUUCCAAGUCAAUAAUUAUUGGCAACAUUUCAGAGUACUGAAAAAAAUGAAAUCAGAAUAUUUCAUUUAUAGAGGCUGCAUGGUAUUUGUUUAAUUAAAGAGGAACAAGAGUGGAUGUAAUUUCUCUCUCUCAAACUUUAGUAUUACCCUAUAAUACCCCCAGGAGGCGCUGUUUCAAAAACAUGUAACACGCCACCUUGAACUGGCUUUACAUCACGUUUGACAUUAUUGUGUUAAACUGAUUUUGGAACAUAAUUACCCGCAACAAAAUGCACCACUGAAAGCACUCGGUACCUGGUCACAUCCCCACCAGGCAAUUUUGCGGUGGUUUCAAUAUACACUUUUGACCAGUUACUAGCUCUUUAAGGCUUUGUAAAGGUCCAAUAACUUCCAUAUUUUACGGAUCUGGUUAUUUGGCGGCACCUUGAAUUUUGAUAGUUUGGGCUUGUUGGGAUAGAUAUAUAUAUAAUUUUUUUUUUUUCUUCAAUUUUAAACCUAAUCAUACAUUAUGGAAUUGAGAAUAUUAUAACGCCGCCACAACCAUAAAAAAACUACAAUAAUCAGACUUCAAAAUGAUCUCAUCAGAUAGGAAUCUUGAUCCUAUAUAGAGUUGAAUCUGGAAUGCCCUAUCUGAAUUAAACUAAAGCCGGCGUGGCGUAUAGAUUUUCAGUAAUGCGUAUCCUCCAUGAGUCAUUUAUAAGAACUAUUAGAUCAUUGUGAUAAUUCUCUCCGUAUUAUAUAGACCUCAAUUGUGCUACAACAGAACACUAAUUAUUUAAUUAGCUCUGCCCAAUCAGUCAACACGCACAGCCCAAGAGAUACCAUGCCUGUUACAUGUUUGGCGGUAACAUUAGCUCUUUUGACCCUAGAUUGGAGGAGAGGGUAGGGACAAUCAGACUACGUGUGUAAUAGAUCCUCACCUGUUCCAACAUGUCCUUUGGAAGAUCUUCCUGCUCAUCCAUUGUUAAGAUCGCACGCUUAAUUUCAUCAUUUGACAGCUUGAGUCUGAAAGAUUCCAUGACAGGUCAAGGAUUAAUAAUGGGGUCAGAGCCAAGAGGUCGAGAGACAGGUGAUGAUUGAAAACAUUAUGCUGUCAGAAUUAAAUGUGAUCUCCAGGCUGUUUGAGCUACUCGAACUAGUCACCUCUGCCAGCUGUUAAACGGCAAAUCCCAUCAUAAUAAACGAAGCACUUGGCAAUGUACUAAUGUUGGCUACAAAGGACAAUCCCUUUUCCAAGUGUCUUUCGAAAGCAAGUUUGGUAUGGUGUACCGAUUGUUUAAAUUAGACUGCAGCACAAUAUAAUUUUAUUGGAGAUCACUCUAUGGCAAGCUGUAUAUUAAUAGACUUUACAGAAUUUCACAAAAUCCUAGUACAGCAAUUUGUUUAAAAUUUAAAAAAAAAAAAAAUACACAAAGUUAUUCAACAGUAACAAUCAUUGUAAAUUAUUUUAAUAGGAAAUGAUCAAAAUCCACAGAACCAAAUUGAGGCUAAAUACACUGAUUUUGCAUUAAAACCGGUAAAAUGUAAAAAAACCAAGAAGCAAUGUAAUCUUAAGAGUUAGGCUGUGGAUGAAGGGUGUGGGCAGAUUGCUAGUCACAAAGCACGCAGUCUAUAAUCACAUAUCUGCAAGUCUGUACUGCACAGACACAAACCCUCGCAGGAAUGUUAACACACCGUGAUACACGUACAGACACGCUCAAAGUAUAUCGACUGAAACACAGGAUUCCUAGAAAUUGGACGUUUGUAUUAACCCACAAUUAGCUGUUGUGGUGUUUUAGGGAAAGGACUUUGUUUCAAAAUCUCCCAUAACAGGAGUUCUCAAGGAUGGACUAAAUGUAGAUCCGAAGUUGUUGUACAGCUCGCCUCAUCCUGUGCUAGACUUUAGGUGGGGUAUCUACCAUUUGGCCAUCUCUUAUGAGAUAAGUACAUAACAUGUGCUGAAGUGUAUCCCAAUUUACUCUACUGUAAUAAAGCUACGCCGAUAAGCCACGUCUGUAUUAACUCAAAUAACAAACAUUACUGGCACAGGAACAAUUAGAACACUCUCCAGUGAUGUGUUGUAUAAUUAUUCCAGAUAAAUACUUGUGUUUAGUUAAGCAAAUAAGGUUAAAUGCCAAAGAACAUACGUCUGUCUGUGUGAAAUGCGGAGUCUGGUUUCAUUAUUGAAUAGCAUGCAUAACUAUACACAUGUGUAACAAAGAAUUAAUAAACUUCUUGGCUAUCAAACAAGACAAUAUAAGUAUUACGUUACGUAUUUAGAAACCAGACUUGGAGGAAAGCUGUGUAUGUAAUUAGACCGAAACACAUUUAUUUUCCUUAAAGGGCUUUUAAUUUGUUAACAGGACUGUACAAAGGGACAAGACAUCACCCGGGGGGGGCAGCCUUUAAUGGUGUUACCCCACGGCUCACUGAUGAAGCUCACCAAGGCCAACAUGAUUUUCUGAGGUUGUUUUAUCUCGGUGUUCCCCACACUAGUCCUUCGGGACCACCAACAGUCCAGGUUUUUAACUCACAUGCAGAGAGAACUUGCAUUUGGGAACUGGACUGUCCAGUGGGUUCAGUCUAAUAUACAAAUGGUUUAGGUUCUUUUUGUAAUUAUACAAGUGAGCUAAAACAACCUGUAGACCUGAGGAGUGACUAACCACAAGCUGAUUCAAUGCUUUCCCAUGUUCUCUUGAGGUCUGUUUUGAUUUUCAGUUGCUCCCAUGGCAAUUAGUGUAGAGAAGAUCUAGGGUUGGUGCCUUACAGUAAAAUAUAGAACGGCAUGCUUUAUUAUAUUCUACUCUGUAUUACCAGAAACCAGAAAAUGUUGAAUUAACCCUUUAAGGAUAAAGGUAAUUGUCCAAAUUCUGAGACAAAACCUAGAUUUUUUUGCUAUGUUUAUUCCCCUGUAAUUUUAAAGGGUUACUCCAACCACCAUGACCACUUCAGUGAUUUAAAGUGGUCAUGGUGGUAGGAGUCUGGAUGUGCAUGUGCUUGAAACAUUGCACAUUUAGAGAAAUUUGCACUAUGUGGCGGGGAUCAGCUGCAGCCCUGGCAUGUUGGCGAUAGAUACAUGGAUAUUCUCCCAUUGCAGGCAGAGCUCACCUCUACCUCCCACUGUACACUCCCUCCAUUACAGCCAGCGUUUUGGGGGUUUUUGGUGUGGGAGAGAUUAAAUUUUCCUCCAGCCUUCCCUUUGUGCUGUUGCUGGAUUCCAGGUAAGUAAAACACUACUUUUUAAUCAUUUUAGCAAGGGGACUCUCCAGAAAUUACCAGUAGGGCAUUUUGAGAUAAUACUACCUGAUAUAUAUAUAUAUAUAUAUCCAAUGCAACAUUAAGCAUGAAUAAAAUGUUAAAUAUGAGCAAAAAUUAUUAUAUAUUUUUUUUUUUACACAUCCCGUGUAACUAAAAAUAACUCAAAACAGAUUCAUUUGUCAGUCAUGACUGUUAAACGCCUCACGUCUUGGAUCUAAUUUAGUUUUUAGUAGUUGAUGCUAACCUUAUACCAAUCCUACCACAAUGUAUACCUACCCUAAAAAAACAUUAACCCUUAUCUUACACGAACCCCAAGGAAACCCUCUGCUAAUAACUUUGAUAUAAGAAAAUGGGUUUUCUAGUUAAAUCAGUAGUUCAUGGUCUGUGACGGCUGUCAACUGGCUGUUUUUAGAAUAAAUACACUCUAAUUAGAAUUGGAGGCUGCUUUACAAUUGGCUUGGGGACAGCCAGGGUCAAUUCAGACCCCGUGGGAUCUCCUUGAAGUCGCCUGCAGCCCAGCACAAUCGCUCAGCCAUGGUUUUAUGAAUGGAUUUAAAAGACUAUGCAGCACAUAUAGCUCAUCAGUCACCCUGGGCCACUAAAAUUGGCCCCCACAGACAGAGGGGAGCCCCAGGUAUUCAUUUAUACAUGGGGCUCCCUGGUGUGAGCAGGGAUUUAACCCUGCACAUACCAUAUCUGCAGAGCGUUCCAUGCCAUCCUACAGGCGUUAAACCCACUCUGUGUAGAUCGGCAUAGAACAUUGGGAAGGGUUUAAGAAAGAAGUUUCGUGGGCUGUGGAAAUGUGCUAAUUGGGUCUAAAUUGAGAUGUUUGUAGUUAUCCCUCAGACUAAAAGUAGCCAGUCCUCUCCUCUUAAAGAAAACAGAUUUCACCUAAAGCAGAAUAAAGGGUUCUUUACAAUAAGAACGGUACAUAUGUGAAAUUUUAUGCAUAAAGUUUUUCUUGUUUAUUUUUGAUAUCUAAAGAAUUUGAGAAAACACUUAUUUUUAGACCAUUACAUUUAAAAUGGAAUAGUUAAUAAAUAACCGCUUACUGGGAAAUGUGGCAUAUUGGAGUAAAGAAUGACUUUUCUCAUUUCUCAACAGAAUUGAACAAAACCGUUCCUUUGGAGUCCAAUCUGCUGCUGAUAAAAUUCUAGAUGACAUCAGAGUGAGCUACCCGC